GGCAAGUCCUGCAGGGAUGUGUGCUGUGAGUCCUGGGUGUAGCUGUUUCAAUAUUGUAAGGGGCCCAGGCUAAAAGGAGAGAAUCUGGGGUUAGAUAAGGCAGAUUAUGGGUGGAGAAUCAUUGGGGUGUUAAAAACAAAAUCAAGGAGAAAGCAGAUGAAAGGGAGUUUAAAUUUAAGGAUAUGAGGGAAUGGCAGAGAUAAGAUAGGUAAAAGUCAUAAAUGGGGAACAUCAUAAAUUAAUGAGGCUUAGAGUGCAAUAACUAACACUAGCAAAACAAACAUUUAACUAAACAAGAGUUAAGGAUGGAGGGUGCAAUAUGUAAGUCUCCUGACUGUGCACUGCGCUUCAUGUGUUAUUUAAGGACAUUUGUAAACGCUUGGUUUACAAAAUGAGAAAUCUUCACAAAUCAGUAAAUUUCCAAAAAGAUAAAUAUUACACAAUCUGGGAUUGUUUGUUUAGGCAAAAUCUCUUAGCUAACCAUUCACUGGCACUUUGAUCAAUUGGGAAAUCACAGCCCAUUAAAAUAAAGAGCGAAAAGUAAGUCAAUACGUACAUUACUGACCAAAGUUUCAGUUCCCUUGGUUAUAAAACCACUGCAGUCACCUGUAAAUUAACUGUGAAGGAGUUUGACACAUUUUGCAAAAAAUGCUAAUCUAUCUGAGGAAUGUGUUCAAGGCAGCAACUUUAAGAAAAAACACGUCCAUUGUGCGAUAUUUUAGGUAAGUUCCUGUUUUGCCUCCAUUAAACGUAUAAGCAAUUGGAAAGCUCUUCUGGAUAUUUGACAUUAGCUGCCAUUAUAUACACAAUGUGCUCUGUUAUGAAGUAGGUUUGUGGCUGUGGAACUUGUAGUGCUGUACUGUAGUGAAUUUAAAAUUGCAGUUUUGUAAAAAUAUGUCUAUAGCUGAGUUGGAAAAUUUUUCCAAAACAGCUACGUUUGCUCACAUGUGGUAUUCAUUUCACUACAAAUGUGGUUUGCUUUUAGCAUCUUUAUUGGCAUUUUUACAUGUUUAUUAUGCAGAACAAAUAAUAUGCAAUUGAUUGAGGUUUUAAAACUAUAAAUAGAGUUGUCAAUAAUAAAUAUGCAAUAUCUUUGUACAAAUAUUGAAUACAUCCCUGAGUCCUCUACCUGUAUGGGAUACUCCUUCUUUAUGGGUGGCAUUUAAGUUACAAUUCUUUAUUGUUCUUUAUCACAGCCUCUUUUGUACAAUAUGCAUUUACAUUUUUCCCUCAGUUUGACUGAUGACAUACAUAUAUUUACAUAGUUACAUAGCUGAAAAGAGACUUGCGUUCAUCAAGUUUAGCCUUCCUCACAUUUGCUUUUUGCUGUUGAUCCAAAAGAAGGCAAAAAAACCCAGUUUGAAGCACAAUUUUGCAACAAGCUAGGAAAAAAAUUCCUUCUUGCCCCCAGAAUGGCAGUCAGAUUUAUCCUUGGAUCAAGCAGUUAUUACCCUACAUUGAAAGAUUAUAUCCUUGAAUAUUCUGAUUUUGCAGGUAUGCAUCUAGUAGCUGUUUGAACAACUGUAUGGACUCUGAUAAAACCACUUCUUCAGGCAGAGAAUUCCACAUCCUGAUUGUUCUUACAGUAAAAAAACCUUUCCUUUGCCUUAGACGAAAUCUUCUUUCUUCCAGUCUAAACGCAUGGCCUUGUGUCCUGUGUAAAGUCCGGUUUGUGAAUAGAUUUCCACACAAUGGUUUGUAUUGGCCCCGAAUAUAUUUAUAUAAUGUUAUCAUAUCCCCUCUCAGGCGACGUUUUUCUAAACUAAAUAGGUUUAAAUUUGUUAACCUUUCUUCAUAGCUGAUAUGUUCCAUUCCUUUUAUUAAUUUUGUAGCCCACCUCUGCACUUUUUCUAGUGCCAUAAUAUCCUUCUUUAGAACAGGUGCCCAAAAUUGCACAGCAUAUUCAAUAUGUGGUCUUACCAGUGAUUUAUAAAGAGGCAAAAUGAUAUUCUCGUCCCGAGAAUGAAUGCCCUUUUUCAUGCAUGACAAUACCUUACUGGCCUUGGCCACUGCUGAUUGACAUUGUUGCAUAGUUUGUUGUCUAUAACAAUUCCCAAGUCCUUUUCGUGUGUUGUUAUCCCUAAUUCGCUUCCAUUAAGAGUAUACGUUGCUUGUGUAUUCUUUACGCCGAAGUGCAUAACUUUGCAUUUUUCAACAUUAAAUUUCAUCUGCCAUUUGAGUGCCCAGUCCCCCAGUCUAUUUAAAUCUCUCUGCAGCAAAGUAAUAUCUUGCUCACAUUGUAUUAUUUUACAAAGUUUUGUGUCAUCUGCAAACACUGAAACAUGACUUUCAAUGCUGUCUUCAAGAUCAUUUAUAAACAUGUUAAAUAGAAGGGGUCCCAGAAUAGACCCCUGAGGGACACCACUUGCCACCUCUGUCCAGCUUGAAAAUUCACCAUUAAUGACAACUCUUUGUACUCUGUUUUUAAGCCAAUGUUCUACCCAAGAACAAGCAUUUUCACCUAGACCGAUUUCCUUGAGUUUAAACACUAAUCUAUUGUGUGGAACUGUAUCAAAUGCCUUGGCAAAAUCCAAAUAGAUCACAUCCACCGCAACACCCUGAUCUAUACUUCUACUUACUUCUUCGUAGAACGCAAUCAAGUUAGUUUGACAUGACCUGUGCUUCAUAAAACCUGCUGUUUUGCUGAUAACCAUGUUCUUCUCAAGGAAUUCUUGAAUAUUAUCCCUUAAUAACCUUUUAAAUAUUUUACCAGCCACAGAAGUUAAGCUCACAGGUCUAUAAUUUCCAGGCAAGGAUUUUGAACCCUUUUUGAAUAUAGGAACCACAUCUGCCUUCCUCCAAUCCUCCGGAACACUUCCUGAAAGAAAAGAAUCUUGAAAGAUUAAAACAGAGGUUCACUUAUUUCUACACUUAGUUCCUUAAGUACACGUGUAUGGAUACCGUCAGGCCCUGGAGCUUUGUUUAUAUUAACUUUCUUUAGUUGCUGCAGCACCUUGUCUUGAGUUAACCAAUUACAAUUAUUCUGCAAGUUUUUAGUAGUAAUCAUUUGCACAUCUAUUGCCAUGGGUUCUUCCUUAAUAUAUACAGAGGAGAAAUAGUUAUUUAAAAUUCCUGCCUUUUCCUGGUCUUCAUUAACUAACACCCCCGUUUCAGUUUUUAGUGUACCUACACUUUAAUUUUUGGGUUUUUUAGAAUUUAUGUACUAUGUAAUUUAGUUCUACUCCAUGGAAGUAUUUGUCCAUUUUCACACUUCACACAAGCAGUCUGUAUUUUUCUUCUUUAGGCCACACUAAUGACAUACACACUACUAGUUCUUUUCACUUCUCUGCAAUUAGUCUUUUAGUGCUUUUUCUCUCUCCUUGGCUGACUUCUCACUUAGAAUGACAGGCCAACCAUCUCUUCUUCCUCCCAUACCUUUCCUGAAUAAUACAAACCAUUUUACAUACACACUCCUGGAUGGGUUUUUCAGAUUGAUAAUUCUAUUAUAUAGAAACAGAGGUAUAUCUAGGUUAGCUGGUCUCUUAAAUCCCAAAGACCCUUGUGUGUCUACAAAUCCCCUUGUUAACCUCUUGUGUGCCUCUUACCUUAACAAUUGUGUCUCUCUUUUAACCCCUCCAUUAAACAUUUUGCAUCUUUUAUUAAUUUCCAAUUAACCCUUUGUGUCUCUUUUCCUAAGCAACCCUUUGUGUCUGUAAUCCCCCCACCCCAACAUACAUCUCUACUGUCAAGACAAAGUGACCCCACCAUGCAGAAUGUAACCCUAAAAAGAGAAAAGUCAUUACCGGACCUUAGAAUAGCCAGGUUUAACAUGGAUAGCAAAGGAAUAGCCAGAGUCUUAGGAAAACCAGUGAUCUGGAUAACAAUAAGGAAUAGUCGAGUCAGGAAACCUGAAAACAGAAUACUUGCUGCAUCUUCUGUACCGAUCACUAAGUUUGUAAGUAACAUUAUUUGCUCCUGGUUUAUUGUAUUUGGCUUAGUUUGACUAUUAUUGUGUCUAAAAAUAAAACAGAAUAAAGAGAGCACAAUAAAGUACCAAAAAAUAAAAUAAAAUCCCCAAAUGACACAAAGGAUUAAGAACAAACCUACUAAAAUAUGUAAAAUAAAAUACAAACUGGCAGAGCUAAAAUAUUUUAAUUGCUUUAAACAGUUCCAUAACUUUAAAUCAAAACGCUGUGAAAAGGGUAAUACUUAUUUGCCUAUAUAAAUACCAUCACCAAUAAAACGCCCAGGUUCAACCUCAAUGUGAUUGCAUUUACAAGUACUUAAAUAUUAGCGAUUUGUCUCAGAAAAAGUAUACAGUAUGACUCUGUAUAAUGCAGCAACAACAUAACUGAUUGUAAGGUCCUCUCAAAUUGUCUCAGUGCCCAAAAAUACCAAUUACAACACCCAUUGGGUAUUGUGAAAAGAGGAGGCAAUCAGCAUUGGUGAUUGAUAAAGUUCCAAGCUCUAGAGCAAGGAUAAGUAACCUUCGGUACUUCAGAUUUUGUGGACUAUGUCUCCCCUGAUGCUUUGUCAGCAAUAUAGCUGUAAGAGCAAUAUUUGAGAUGUAGUCCGCAACAUUUGGAUUGCCGAAGGUUGUCUAAGCCUGCUAGACUUUACCACCUUAUUUGGCUAUGCCCAUUUUUCCAUGCCCAUUAAAUUAGCUGCUCUGCCUCUCAGCAUCAUACCUGACCAUUAAUAAAGGGAGGAGGAUGCAACUUUUUUUUUUAAAUCAAACUUCUAAUGAAGCCUUACUAUGUAAUUAGAUUUUAUUUUAUUUUUUAUUUUUUGUGCGGACAAAGCUGAGGAGCCAUCAGCUCAUCUGCCCUUACCCCAAUGGACCAGCCUCUACUAGCAAACAGUUCUGUACACUAUUAUAUAAUAUUUCAUUUUAUAUUUCUUCACAUUCAGUUGCUGUGAAAUUGCAUUUUCUAUGAUUCAGCUGACACAAUGUUUCACCUUCAUGGUGAUCUUGCUUAUCAGUGUCAAUGCAACCUCUGCAAACGAACACAUGAUCAUGGAAAACUGAGCGAUGUUGACACUGAAUACAGGUCAUCUCCCCAGUGAUCUUUCAACGCAGCUGCUAUCUUAUGCAAAAAGGAAAAAAAAAAGUUUAGCCACUGUAAACCAGACACAAUUAUAUACAUUUAAAACAUUGCAAUUAAAUGACCCCAGUAAAUAAGGUAACAUAAUAAUAUCUCUGUGAUAAUAUACAGUCAUGGGAAAAAUAAAGUACACCCUCUGAAUUCUCUGGUUUUACAUAUCAGGACAUAACAGCAAUCAUCUGUUCAUUAGAAGGUCUUAAAAUUAGGUAAAUACAACCACAGAUAAAUAACACAUGAUAUAUUACACUAGGUUUUGUUUUUAAAAUAAAAUAAAAAUAAAAAGCCAAAAUGGAGAAGCCAUGUGUGAAAAAACAACUACACCCUUAUUACUUCCAUAGAAGUAAAAUGCUAAGUAGCAGACAGGUGCUGCUAAUCAAAUGCCCUUUAUUAAUUGAUCAGCAGCAAGUGUAACCGCCUCUAUAAAAGCCGAUGUUUUAGCAGUUUGCUGGACUGGAGUAUUCAGGUGUGUGUCAACACAAUGCCAAGGAUGAAAAACAUCUGCAAUGAUCUUAGAGAAGCAAUUGUUACUGCCCAUCAAACUUGGAAGGGUUAUAAGGUUGUAUAAGGUUGUAACUAUAGUAGCAAAAUCAUGAACAAAUGUACUAAUUAACUGGUAUACAUACCUGAAGCUUGCUUAUGGGUCUGCAUGAAGAUGUACAGGGCCGGCGCAUCCUAUAGGCUAAGUAAGCGGCCGCUUAGGGCGCUUUUUAAGUGGGGAGGGGGCCGGCAGUGGCUUUACUGCAUGUCUGGUCACCCCCCUCUCAAGUUGAAUUAAUCAUAUAGAGUGGGUCGUGGCGGCCGCUGGCUGCCUUACCGGGUGCUAAUGAGCACUUACUUGUAGACUAGCGCCUGGUAGAACGUCGGUCCGGCAUUCACCUUAGCCUGCAAAGUCAGGACCCCUCUCCCUGCCAAGAAGUGCGGCAGCGCAAGGGUGCAUCAUUCACUCGGUACCGCCCCUUUCCCUGUACCUGGGGACAAGUGGGCGGGAGAAUAACAGGAAAUGUGGCUGAAAAAAAGUGUCGGCCGCCGGGCGCAGUAAAGGUGAUAGGAACAAAGAGCAAAGUGCAAUGAAGGUAAGAGAGAAUGCACAGUGUGUUUCAUAGAAUGUGUGUCAGUAUGUUUCAGUCAGUAUGUUUGUGUGUGUAUGUACAGUGCGAUCUUAACAACAUUAUGGGCCCACGGGCAAAGCAGUGUACUGGGACCCUGCCUACACGCAACUCACAGGAAUAAAAAUUUAAAUUAUAGAUAAAAUUAAGCUUAUAUUUAUUAGUACCUCCAACAAAUGCAAUACAUAUAUACAAUACAUACACACAAAAUGCUGAAUACAAUCACAGACUGCUGAACACAUUCACACACCGAAUGCUGAAUACAGACACACACUGAGUGCGUGUGUGUUGUAGAGUUUGAGGGGCGCAGGUAGCAAAUGUGAGUGUUUUUUUUUUUUAAUACUGCUAUACAGUAAUAAAGUAUUCAUCCCCCCUGCUGUGUGGGGCUUUGCCAUGGUAACUCGCGGCAACGAUCCACACAUCCUACUCGCGGGAGGAGCAAUCUGCUUCCCAGAUCCCUCCUCCCUUCCUCCAGGUCCUCCUGCCCUUUCUCCCCGAUCGAAGGACUCUUGGGCCGGUGGGGGAGAUCUCUGACCUCCUCACCGGCCCGAGAGGGACCACGGCCAGAAACAGGGCCGCCUCUCCAUGGGCCGGCAGAAGAGAUCAAAGGAUCUCCCCUGUUGGCCUGGGCACGCUGGGCAGCGCAGUGGGGGCCCCAUGACUGUGGGGCCCACGGGCAACUGUCCAGCAUGCCCAUGAGGAAAGAUGGCCCUGUGUAUGGGUCUCUGUAUGUCUGCAUGGGUCAGUGUGUGUGUGUCUGUGUGCGCGUAUUGGUCUCUGUGUGUGUGUAUGGGUUAGCGUGUGUCUGUGUGUAUGUAUGGGUCAGUGUGUUUGUGUGUGUGUGUGUGUGUGUGUAUGGAUCUGUUUGUGUUUAUGGGUCUCUCUGUGUGUAUGGGUCAGUGUGUGUGUGUGUGUGUGUGUGUGUCUUUAUGAGUCAGUAGGUAUGUAUGGGUCUGUUUGUGUGUAUAGGUCAGCAUGUGUCUGCAUGGGUCAGUGUGUGUGUGUGUAUGCAUCAGUGUGUGUCUGCAUGGGUCAGUGUGUGUGGAGGGGGGUCAGUCUGAGCAUGUGUGUAAGUGUGUGUGUCUGUAUGGGCAAGCAUGUGUGUGUGUGUGUGUGUGUGUGUGUAUGGGUCAAUGCAGGUAAGUCUGCAUGAGUGGGUGGAACGAAUGGGGCAGCAAAACAUUUUUCAAAGAGGGCAGCAAAAAUCCUUGCACCUGCCCUGAGGAUGUACUUGCAUCAUCAUGUUCAGUGUAGGUAAGUCUGCAUGAGUGGGUGGAACGAAAGGGGCGGCAAAACCUUUGAGGAUGUACUUGCAUCAACAUACACCCAUAAUGUUUUUGUCUAAAAAAAACACACUAACCUUAAUUGCUGUAAUCUAUAACUCUACGCCAAUAAAAGGCAUUUACUUGAAACAUUUAAACCAAAUAAACAGGGCACCUAGGCAAAUGUGAUUUAUUUUUUUACCCCUUGCAAAGGCUUGAAAAUAAAGGGCAGUGGUUCCAAGAUCCUGUAUUAAAUUAUGGAAACUUGGAAGUGCCUUAUCGGCAUGAAACGCAUAAGCAUCUUUCCUGCAGUGCCCCUCCUCUGUGCACUGGUUACCAUGUACAGAUCGUUACCUUUGCAUUGAAUAGAUGGAAAAAUUGAAUAAGCUAUGAUUUUUUAAUUCCACAUUCAAGUCUUGUUGUCUGGUCUGACCUGGCACCUUGCAAUUGCUUUUGCUUGUAGUGAGUGGAGAACCAAUCAAACGAGCAGUAUUAACAUAUGGAUCUUACUGUCUAUGACGAUGUAUGAACUGCAUUUUUCUUUUUUUUUAACAAAAUGUUUUACGAUACCUGGCCCUCUUGCGCACCCCCUCAGUGUAAGGAGGGCAGGUAAAUAACUAAUCUAUGCAAAAAUCACCCAAGACAAGUGCACUCUGUAAAAAUGUGUGUGUGUAUAUAUAUAUAUAUAUAUAUAUAUAUAUAUAUAUUAAAGUCCAAUAAGUCAAGUCCAGUAAGCUAAUUUUUUUAUUUUUUUGUGUUAGUGUAUUUUUGUAUUUUUUCGAACUGCAUAUUGAGGUUCAUCGUUUCACUGUGAUUCCUCCGAUUGGUUUACUGAAAUCAGGCAGUUUGCAUGGUGAAGGCACUGUGUAUUUUAAGGAAACCUACAUCCCAGGGGCGGGCUGGGCUGGGGGGCAGGGAGGCAAUUGCCCCCCAGGCCGCCCUAAAAUCUGUUGGGACCGGCCACUGAAGGGCCGGCCCUUUAAAUGCUGCAGCCGCCUGAGCACUCUGUUAAGAGCCUCAGGCGGCUGCGGCUGCGCCUCUCCUCCCCUCCCCUGUAGCGUGGCCGAGCUGGUCCGCGGUGCCCGGCCGGACUGAUAGGAAGGCGCACGCUGAGUGUGCACUUCCUGUCAGUCCGGCCGGUUACAGGAAACAGAAACUCCAGUUCCGCGUGGAGUUUCUGUUUCCUGUAACUGGCCGGACUGACAGGAAGUGCACACUCAGUGUGCACCUUCCUAUCAGUCCGGCCGGCACCGCGGACCAGCAAGCAGCUCGGCCACGCUACAGGGGAGGGCAAGGGAGAGGUGGGAGAAGUAAGUGAAGGGGGGGGAAAAGUAAGUGGAGGGGGGAGAAGCAAGGGAGGGGGGGAGGGGGGAGAAGCAAGUGGAGGGGGGGAGAAGCAAGUGGAGGGGAGGGGAGAAGGAGGGGAGGGGGAGGAGCAGGGGCCAGGCGAAGGGGAGGGGGAAGCAAGUGGAGGGGGGGGGAGGGGAGAAGGCGGAGGAGGGAGGAGCAAAGCAAGCGAAGGGGAGGGGGGGGAGAAGCAAGGGAGGGGGAGGGGGGAUAGCAAGUGAAGGGGGAGGGGGGGAGGAAGGGCGAAGGAGGGAGUGAAGUGGAGGGGGAGGCAAAGAUGGGGAUGUACAUGAAGGGGGAGUAAAUGAAGAUAGGGGGCAUAAAUGAAGGAGGGGGAGUAAGUGAAGAGGGGGAGUAAGUGAAGGGGAAGAGCAGUGAUGGUGGGGGAGUAAGUGAAGAUGGGGAGGCGAAGAUGGGGGAGUAAGUGAAGAUGGGGGGGGCACGAAGGAGUGGGCUGUGUAAAUGAAGGAUGGGGGUGUAAAUGAAGGAUGGGGGUGUGUAAGUGAAGAUGGGGAGGGUGAAGAUGGGAGUUAAUGAAGGAGGGCUGUGUGAAUGGGGGUGUAAUGAUGUGGGGGUGUAAGUGAAGAUGGGGAGUAAGUGAAGAUGGGGGUGUAAGUGAUGGGGAGGGUGAAGAUGGGGUGUAAAUGAAGGAGGGGGGGAGUAAGGAAGAUGGGGGAGAAAGUGAAAGAGGGGGGAGUAAGUGAAGAUGGGGGGAGUAAGUGAAGGGAGGGAGUAAGGAGGGGGGAGUAACAGAAGGUGGAGGAGGGGGAGUAAGAAGAAGAAGGGGGGUAUGAAAAACGGGGGGUAAGAAGAACAAGGGUGGAGUAAGAAGAACACAAGGGGGAGGGGGAGAGUAAGAGUGAGGAGAAGGGGAGAUGAGGAGAAGGGGGGACUGAGAAGAACACAGGGAGGGUGGGUGGUGAGGAGAACACAGGGAGGGUGGGUGGUGAGGAGAACACAGGGAGGGUGGGUGGUGAGGAGAACACAGGGAGAGGGAGGUGAGGAGGACACAGGGGGGAGAGGACACUACGCACAUACACACACACAAUGCAUCCCUACACACACAGAAACACAACAUGCUUCCCUUACACACAGAGAAACGCACAAUGCAUCCAUUACACACAAACAAUGCAACACUUACACACAAAGACAAUGCAUCCUUUGCACACAUACACAGAAACACAUAAUGCAAAUACUUACACACACACUGCUUUUCUUACAUACACACAGAAACACAAUGCAUCACUAACACACACUCAAUGCACACACUUACAAACACACACCUUGUAUCCCUUAUGCAUACAAAACACAGAUUCACACAAUGCAUCCCUUACACACAACCAGAAACACACAAUACAUCCCUUAUACACAAAUACACACUGCUUCCACUACACACAAACACACUGCAUCACCUGCACAAACUGGUAUCCCUAUACACUACAUACCAUAAGCACACAUAUUAGAUCCUCUACAACAGGGGUUCUCAACCCAGUCCUCAGGACCCGCUACCAGUCCAGGAUUUGGGGAUUACCUGGGUGUGUCUCAGGUGUUUAGAAAAAGGGAAAAAAACACCUUAGACACACCCAGGUAAUCCCUAAACCCUGGACUGGUAGGGGGUCCUGAGGACUAACGUUGAGAACCCCUGCUCUACAAUAACACAUAACACAUCCCCUACACACUCCACUCCCUGUGAGCGAACUCAUGGGUGGGUGGAACAUAUAAGUGGACUUAUGAGUGGGCCUUGUGGGCAUACUCACCGCCAGGCCCUGGGGCCCAGACCUUGAGCUGUAUAAGGGGCCCUCCCAAAAAUGGAGCUGCUUCCAAUUCUCCCAGAACAUUGAAUUUUGUGACCACAGUUGCAAACAGCCUCCAGAGAUCCUGUUCUACACCAGACCAGUGGAGCCAAACUGCAGCCCAUCAUCAUCCUCAUUUGGUUGUAAGUAGGCAAUCUAGUAUAUUAUUAGUGACACUAAUCUAUAAUUUUCAUUACAUUAAAGGGACACUAUAGUCCCCAGAACGACUGGAGCUUAAUGAAGUGGUUCUGGUAUCUAUAGCCGGUCCCUGCAGGCUUUUUAAUGUAAACACACACUGUGAGCAGCACUGGCGUUAGUUCGUAUGGCAGCUCAUAUAGGUGGGGCAUUGUGAUGUCACAUGGGGGGCGGCAAAUACAGCUGUUCCCCAUGCAGCCACAGGUGCCACUGUGCUGAGAGAUUGUGAUUACUCUUCACUUCCUCCCAGCUUACAGAGCAGCGCAUGGGAGAGAGAGGGGAGGAGGCAUGAUUUAAUCUUACAACAAAUCCAGUAAGCAAAUCUUUAUAAAUUUGGGUGGGAUCAGAUCUGUUUCCACAGUUUAUUGGUGUUUACUCUGCUGUCUGUAUUAAUAUUGAGGGAUUUCUAAGUAGUAACAUCAGUGUGUGUCAGCAGGGCCAGCCAUUGGGGUGUGCACGCUGUGCGGUCACGCAGGGUGCCAUCACAACAGAGGCGCCCGGCGGACAACACAGCUCACAAGUUGGGGACACCAGCCUAUUCAAUUUAAACGAUUCGCUGGUGGUCCACUGGUGCGCACCAGCAGUAGGUGCAGUCAGAUUAUAGCCUCUCCCUCAUGGUUCCGACGCUCAGUUAGUGAGUCAGAGCACAGGCUCAGAGAUUCUCAGCCUGCGCUCUGACAACAUUGAAAGUCAGAGCCGUGAAGGAGAGGGUAUGGCAAAGAGCUACUGAUUAGCAUAACAUCAAUAUCCGUUAUAAAUCCAGGAAAAGGUGGGCACCAUUGCACUGAUUUGGUGGUGCAAUGGGCCUCUUGACUGGUUUUGCCCCCCAGGCCUAAGGCUGCCAGCCCUCCCCUGCUACAUCCUCAUAUCUUAUCUCAGAAUCGAUUUCUGGCAUUGCAAAUACAGGUGGCAGAAAAACAACUAACCAACCUACUUGUGGCUCAAGAGAAAAAUAAAAAAUGAUCACACAGAAUAUGAGACAAUAUAUUGGUUAGUUACUGUAGUUGCAAACACUGGUUUUAAUAUGCCUGUAUGUUUUCUAUUGACAUAAGACAAGCCCAUGCUUGUUUAUAUGCUACAAUCUGAUAAUUAAUUACAUUACUGCAAACAUGGACAAGGUGUGAACAAGAGCUUUGCUGCAGUAUUUCAAUUAACAAUGCACCAGAAAGAAAGAAAAACUUCAAUAGUCUAUAAAAAAAUAUAUAGCACAAUUUCUAUAUGAAAAUAAUGUUGUAUAACAUCCAUUGUAUUUCUGUUUUUUUUUUUUGUUUAUGUGUCACGGCUAGAGUAUAUUAUGUAAUGUUUAUAGAUUUUAUUUGUGCCCAGUGCAAUAUGUGGCUUUAAUAAAGAAUAACACUUUUUUUUUUAUAUACUCCCGCUGUGAAGCCAGUUUCUCCUUUAGAAAUUAAGGGUUGGAAUAUUCUUGGCAUUUAAUUUAGAAGCACCUCAAGGCAAAUGCCCACCAUGAAACAAAAUCGAGACCUUCAGGAGGGACCUUCAGGCUUCAAACAUCUCUCUCACUGGCCAAGCCAUAUUGAUACCGGUGGUACGUGGGAGAACUUAGGACAAACUUCCUGCUGAUACAGAAACAAUGUAUCUGCUUAUUCUACAGUAUCAGAGCAUUGCCACGGGUUUCCAUGGCGAGAUGUCUACACCUUCCACUGGACCACCAGGGAUCACGAUCCACCCCCCAUCUCCAAACUAAGAUAAGCCUCAGGGAGGGGUAGAAUAGACUUUAGUUUAUAACAUUUAGUUUUUUCUUAAAUUAAAAAUAUUCUGAUUUGUUUUUUGUACUUACUUCCAUUACAGCCCCUAACGCCCCACUACAGUCACUAUCCUCCCCUAUUCCCUACACAAUCUCAUCUAGACACCCACUACAGCCCCUAUUACCCAUCUAAAGCUCGUAUACCCUAUUGCAGCCCGUAUCCCCCUAACUAAAGCCCCUAUCACUCCACUACAUCCAUCUAUUCCCCCACUACAGGCUCAUAUGCACUGAUACAGCCCCUAUCCAAUACUCCGCAGUCCCAUAUUUAGCCAUACAUCCCUAUCACCCCACACUACACCCCAUUUCAGUGCCCUUUCCCGAGAUUAGGUUUUUUUAUAUGUUCCUGUCCUUGUGAUAUGACUUGCAGCUCUUUAGAUGUAUCUCUCGGUUUAAGUAUCAUUUUAUUAAAGAUCUUCAGUUUUAAUGACUACCACCAGCAUUUGAAGUAAAAUACAAAAUUUUAGGGAUUUUUUUAAUUUACAUUUGCUGAAUGGAAGCUUAUUAUUUGUGAUUUUCUUUUACAGUUUGUCAAAUAAUCAUGCACAACUAAAAGGACGUGACCUUCUAACGUUGAAAAAUUACACUUCUGAAGAAAUAAAAUAUCUCCUGUGGGUGUCGGCCGAUCUAAAAUGCAGAAUAAAACAAAAAGGAGAGGUGAGAACUGAAAUAUAAAUACAAACAAAAAAACAUUUCAAUAUAAAGGAUAUGAAUAUUUAUACCAGUAUACCAAUAUGUUCUUAAUUUCAGUACAUGCCAUUGCUCCAAGGAAAAUCACUUGCCAUGAUAUUUGAAAAAAGAAGCACCAGAACAAGACUCUCCACCGAAACUGGUGAAUAGGGAUUUUUUUUCCUUUCCAUUGUUAAUUAUUGAAAACCCAUCUGCUUCAUAAACUUGACAAUAUAAGUAAAAUAUAUCAGAAAGUUCCAAGUGAUGUGCGUCAUCUCAUGGAAUGUAUUAAAGAUGCUUAUUAUGUAUGCUCACUCAUGUACAACAAUGUCGCUAAGCUUCUUGUAGGCAUGUAAGCAAAUCGGGAAAGAAUAUGGAAGCACCAAGAUCAGAGCCACGGCCAGUUAGUUCCGGUUAAUUAUCAACUAAUUAACGCUUAUUUUACUGGUGUAAAAGUUAGUUCACUUAUGUUACCUGUUAAAUAAUAGUUGAAAUAUUUAUCACGGUGAUAAACAAAAAAUAGGCAUAGCCAUAGAACAGGUUAAACAGUUGUAAAUGCAUGGAAUAGCUUUCUAGUAGAGACUUUAGAGAUUAUUGCAGUGGAAGCAUUCAUGAAAACUUUUGGCUGGUACACUACUGCACAGAGCAAUAAACAAAGAAUUGUGUGAAAACAUGGUUAUGAAUAAAACCUAUUCUAUCUAUUCUAGAGAGAUUCAUGAUAAUCUAGAUGGGUCAACUUACUUUUCUCUGCCAUCACAAUUUUAAUCAAUUUAAAUCAAUUCACUAAGUAGCUCUGUCAUUUAUUUGGUGACUAGCCCUUACCUUGGGAUGCUUAACUAUAGCUCCUCUGACCCCUACAACCAUUUCAGACCUCAAGACCUGUGCAACUUAUCUUUUCCAACGUUGUGCUGGUUUUGCCAGGCCUUCUUUCACGGUUCCUCCAUCUUUGUGUUUCUAAGAUAGCAGUGAAGGACCUUCGAAGGCUUCCAAAGGACCUGUGUUAACUCUCAUUAUUGCAAGAGAAUCAACACAGUGUGGGGAGGGGUGUGUGUGACAUACCUGUGGGGGGAGGGAGGGAUGACAAAUUUGUUUUAAAUUGUCAUAUAGGUGGCAGCAUCAGUAUUUAAAAGAGGAUUGUCACUUACCAUGAUCUUUAAAAUGGUGUUUAUUUAAAUAUUGCUGUCUUUACCUCUGCCAUUGUAUUGAGUGCCUCCAUCAUGGCUCUUUGUAAAUAAAAUGUUAUACAAUGUUAUAAACUCUGCCCUUUUCUAUCAUAGAACAUAAUGUGUGGAGGUGGUGAAAUAGACACAGCAAUGCUGUUCUCCUCCUCCACUGCCAUGUGUGCACAGGUUGUUUCUCAACUGAACUGAUAUGUAAUUUGCUAAAUCUUUAAUAUAUCGUACAUGUCAAAGAAUACAUUGCAUCACAUGAUUAAAGGUUAACAAAAGUUAUUAAAGAUUUUCAAUUUUAUUUAACGGUAUUACUUCUAGAAAAAUGACUGUUCUCUUUUAAAACAAAGUUUCAAUCAAAGCACCAACCUUUCUAGUAGCUUAUUUUUGUAAUUGUUUUUUAACUAUAAAAUAUAGAAUCAAACAAAACAAGGUUUUGAAGACUUCCAAACGUUCCACAUGAAGUAAUAUCUAAUGCUACUUGAAGUGCUUAAUGGACACUACACUGUCCAAAUACAAUACAAAUCACUGUUUAGUAGAUAUACCCCCAAUAAACACAGGCAUGCAUUUUCAUUUGGUGUAUAUCUAAAAACUAAUUACAAAAGUGUUAGAUCUCUUGUCUGAAGCGUUUUCAAGCCCUCCCCUUCUAGUCCUUCCCAGACUUUCUGUGGCUGUCCAAUCACAGACUUUCAGCUCAAUAACAUGCCUUUGCAAGGCAGGUGCUCUGAACAAUUGUUGCCUCUUGAAUUUAGUUCCACUGAGCUAACCAAACCAGGAAGUAACAGGUCAGAUUGUCUGAUUGUCAGCCGGCGAUGUAACAAGAUUCAUUUAUAAAAGUACCAAUUUCGAUUGAAGUCUGCACUUUUCGGAAAUUAAAAAGGACAUAUUUGUCGCGCAUAAACUACUUCAGCAAGCUAAAGUGCUUUAGGGGUUUUUAAGUAUGUUUAUUUUAUUCAUAGAUUGCAAGCUCUGAGCAAGGCCUCUUUCACAUCUUGUAUCUGUUAUGAAAAUUACAAAUAUCCCCAUUUUAUCAUUGUAAAGCUCUGCGGAAUAUGUUGGCACUGUAAGUGCUAAUAUAAGAAUUUUGUUGAAAUAUUCUUCUUUUUUUUUUGUAAAUAUAAUUUUUAUUUUCAUUUUCUUUUCGAGGCAGUUAUACUUCGUUUGGACGCGCAGGUCCGUCGCUUGGUAAGUGUAAAGAGUAAGUCAGCUGCGUUGUAAAGAUAUAUAACAGUGCGGGCUCGCAGGCCCCUCAAACAGUGUGGACUCGCAGGUCCCAUCCGUUAUGGAGUUUUAUACGUUGUAUGAAACAAACAGUUCAAGAACAAACAACUUAUGAUGAACACAUUUUGUCAGCCUCCUAGCAUGGACAGCUGGUUAGCAACAAAACACCUCCCCAUCCCCACGUGGUCCGUGGUGAUUGUCUGUCGUCUCCCCUACUCUACUGCGGUCGUUGGAUACCUGCCUAUGUGGAGGAUGUCCUCUAUGUGUGACCUCCGGGUCACCCUUAUCCGUGUGGUUCCAGGUGGUCCUUGCCAUUUCGUGGGUAUCGUGGUUCGUGUGUUGAGGUGAUUGGGAUGGGUAGGUCGUUGUGGGGAAGCGUCGGAAGACGGGGUCUGGGUUCUGUCAGCGUCAUGGAUCUGCAGCAUGUUGGGGUUUAUGUCCUGUCUCUGUCGUUGGGCCUAGGGUUCGCCCAGGAAGCCUGGUUUUGUUGACUUCAGUAGCCAGUGCGUCCAUAUAUUGAGGUAGGUUUGGUGUGUGUUGUUCGCUAUAGCGUGGAGUUCUUCUAUUGUUGAAAUAUUCUAUGCAUUUCAAUUAGAAAACAAACCAUCCAACAUUUUCAAUAAGGCAUUUUCUUUAGUAUGUUACUCAUAAUAUAUGUGGACAUAUUUAAAGCCAUACCUACUGCUUGAUGAGAAUAUUCUCAAUAAUUUCUUUGCUUUUCAUUAUUGAUUUUCUUUACUCUAGUAAUGUGUUAUUGACUCUCGAAAUGUAAUCUAACUCUGAUUUAUGGGAAAAUCUUAUUUAAGGGAAAUCUUAUGAAAACUCCUGUAUUAAUACAGAGGCAGGUGUACUUUUUAUUUUUAUAAUGCAAUUUCUCAAAUGGCAGCGUCAAUUAACAUUAUUACAGAGAUCACAAAAAAAAUAGUAACAUGAAAAAUGGAAAACAUUAUCGUUUCCCCAAACAUAUGCAAAUGUGUAUGUAAAAGUAAAGGUACAAAGCCUCAUACUAUACGUAUAAGGUGCGCUGUGCUUUUAUAUUCCAUAAUCAGUGUUUGUGAUAACCACAAUACAAAAUAUUCUCAACAUAACAAUAUUUAAAUUAGAGUGUUUUUCAAUAUAUAAUUAAAGUACACUGACUUUGAAUACGCACUUGAAAAGUUUCUGACUGCACCAAAUACACACAGAAACUGACACAUACAGUAAGAUAUUUGAAAAAUUAUAGGCCCACUCAAAUGUUACUCAAUCGAAAAAGAAAGGAGAGAAUCAAAAUACAUAGUGUGAUACUGUUAUGUAUCAAUGUGUAAAAAAUACAUUGCGUGCUAGCCUAGAACUUCGCACCGACCUCCUAAUAAAAAGUUUAUUUAAGCACAUCAAUCAGCGACCAUACACAGAGUUACCUGACCCUGAGGUAACAUGGACAAACGCAAUCCUCGUACACUGCCCAAAAAAUCCUCUGAUGUGGGCACAACGGUCCUGGACCUGUUUGCGGCCUUGUACAUUCUCCUACCAGGUGCAGACCCAUCCCGCUUCCUCCAGAACCUGGGCAUCAGGGCUCCGGCGACACUCACCUUGCCAAGCAAGACAACUGCAGCAUUACCGACCCUGCCAUGCGAUUUGUAUACUGUAGCCGACUGAUCCAACCACGUAGAUGACCCACACUCACCUCUCACAUAGGCGACCGCACCCGUCCUGGAGGAACACGGGGGGACCCCGCUAUUUUUUGUCACUGGACAUGGGCCUUUUUCCUUUCUCUCCCUCUCUGCCUGGAUCCGGCACAGAACCAGUCACCCAUACUUCAACUGGCAUGAGACAGUCCUUCCCCCACCUCCUCCUCCCCGGCGGAGCCCAUGUCUGGGGAGACCCUCGAUGUCCUACCCCACUACUCCCCAAAACACGCUGAUACCUGGUCCAACCUGACCUGCAACCCGGAACCACCAACGACCUCAACUGGACUGUGAGUGGCAUAUAUUAUUUUUCUAAACCUGGACACUUGAUAGACACCAUUUCAUGUUGCCAUAGGCAGGCUAUCCUGGUUUAUUAUUUAUAUGAUAUCUUUUGAAUACAGCUAGUGUUUUAUUGAAGACCCCCGGAGUAGGGAGGGUCUCCUCAUAGGUGAUAGCCCCAAGGGUCACAACCCUCUCUCCCCUCACCUUUAGGCUCUCAUCCAGCAUUUCAGCUCCCUCUCCCUUGGGCUAAACUCAGAACCUCACCACGCUUCACUUUGGCCCUAAGAUAUAUGUUACCUAGGUAACUAAGGGAACAGUGACUUCAUUAUAGCCUUAGACAACCUAUAUGACAACGAGGAAAAAAGUAGGAAAAAAAAUAUAUAUAUAACUAAAAAACUAAAUAAUGUUAUUUUAUAAAAAUAAAAAAAAUACACAACCACCAAAAAACAGAAAAGAACAAUUUGACAGCCUAGUUUCUCUUUCCUUUAUACUUAAACUAUACUCGAAUGUUUAUAUCAUACCAGGCGGGAAGGGCCAGGGCGAGAAGGAAAGCGGGCAUGAAAUGAUCUGAGGAGACGAGGAGCAUGGAUGUCAGAAGAACUUAACCAAGACCAAUCUUCGGGACCAUACCCUUCCAGUCAACCAGAUACUGAAGAUGACCCCUAGAAAUACGUGAAUCAAGAAUGACCUUCACUUCAUAUUCUCCCUGACCUUCAACCUGUACAGGAGAGGGAACAACAAAGGGUCUAGUGUAACAAUUGCACGUGAGAGGCUUAAUUAAAGAAACAUGAAAAGAAUUAGGAAUGAAUAAAGCAGGAGGGAGAGCCAAUUUAUAAGCCACAGGAUUAAUACGUUGAAUGACCUUGUAAGGGCUAAUAUACCUGGGGGGCAGGUUUCAGAGAUGGCACCUUCAAGCGAAUAUUCCUGGUGCUUAAUCAGACCUUAUCACCCAGUUGGUAUACAGGAGCAGCAUGUCUAUGAUGAUCAGCAUGUUUUUUGUAUAAAGUAGAGGUGUGUGACAGAGUACGAUGGGCAUGUUCCCACAUUCUCUUUAGGUUCGCCACAUGCUCCUCCACCAGCGGCAUUUCCUGCGAAGGAAAUGUGGAUGGAAGAACGUGUGGAUUGAAACCAAAGUUGAUAAAGAACGGCUGUAGCGCGUAGCCUCACAAACCACAUUAUUAUGUGCAAAUUCAGCCCAGGGAACAAGGUCAACCCAAUUGUCUUGAUGAUCGGAUAUAAAACACCUAAAAUAUUGUUCCAACUUUUGAUUGGUCCUUUUAGCUGCCCCGUUAGACUGAAGAUGAUAAGCCAAUGAAAAGCAAAGAGUGAUCCUCAACUGUGCACAGAAAGCCCUCCAGAAACGAGAUAUAAUCUGUGUACCCCUGUCUGACUCAAUUUCUUUGGGUAUGCCAUGCAAUCGGAAUACAUCUUUGGCAAAUAUUGUGGCCAGUUCUGGUGAAGAUGGCAAUUUUUAUCAACGGAACGAAAUGAGCCAUUUUGGAAAAUUUAUCAACAAUAGUUAAGAUGACAGUAUGACUUUUAGAUACAGGCAAAUCGACAAUAAAAUCAAUAGCUAUGCUAUCCCAUGGUUUUUGUGGUAUCUCUAAUGGUUGUAAUAGCCCGCAAGGGAGACUAUGAAAUAAUUUGGUUUUGGCACACACGUCACAUGCCAAAACUUAUUCUUAGUGCCUUUUCGUAAGGAAGGCCACCAAGAUUCUGAAGCUAUCAGCGAGUGAGUUUUAUUUAUACCCGGAUGACCUGCUAUUUUCCCAUCAUGAUAAGAGGUAAGUAUCUCUUUGAUACUCAGGAGGUACGUAUUUACCAGUAGGUUUACGUUGUGGUGCCUGAUUCUGUUUUGCUUCUAUAUUAUCAAUGAGCUCGGAAUGUAUCUUAACAUGAGUAUUAGCCACUAUUCUUUCUUUAGGUAUGAUGGUUGUUAUUUCAGUAUCAAGACAGGCGUGUGGUUCAAAUUGACGAAACAAGGCAUCUGCUUUAGUAUUCUUUGACCCAGGUCUGUAUGGUAACAUGUAAUUAAAUAUCGCUAAAAAGAGAGACCAAUGUGCCUGUCUAGCUGAUAACCUCUUAGAUUCUCUAAAUUAAGAUAGUGUAAUGAUUCAAUAAUAUUUAGACUGAGAAUUGUGGAACACAACUGCAGAAUUAAUUAGUAGUACUAUACCUUUAAGAAAAACAAAGAGAACUUCCAAUAUAUAUUUUGAAAAAACAAAAAGAGGCGUAUACCGCGCCUAGUAAUUUAUAUAUACAAGAUAUACGUACAUAUACUCCCAAGUACUUCCAAUGGAUUAAACCUCGGAAUGAGAUCAGAUAAAAAAAUAAUAGUUCAAUACAGUAAAUUUAUAUUGUGAAGUGGUGAGUAUAACUAUACAGGAUCCACUCACAUUUAUAUGAGCUAUAACAGAGCUCAACUGUGAUGCGCAUGGACGGUACAAUCCCCGUCUCAGGAUAUGUUGUUAUGGUUGACACAGAUAUUUCCAAAGUGCAGUAUGCGUAGUAUAUGUAAAGAGAAAUAACAGCCAAUAGUGAAGUAAGUACUUAUGGUGCAAUAAAUAAUGAGUAGUAUUGUACUUACAAUUUGUAGAGCAUUAAACCUGCUCUAGUGUGGACAGCUUGGGUGGUAUAAUCCCCACCAGGGAUAUGCAGGAUCCAGGAAGCAGCAAAAGAAUGAGUAGAAAAAGUAACUGGUAAAAGUAUACUUUAGUAUAAACAAACAAAGUAAAAAAAACCAUAAAAGGUAUGAAGGAGAGUCCCACUUAACGCGUUUCGCCUAAUAAGGCUUCUUCAGAAUAUUCAGUAUAUUUUGAGAGGUUUUAUUAUCUCUUAUUGAAUCAAGUUAAAGACAAUUUAUCUCACACUUCUAGUUUUGGCAAAAAGGAAAAAAUAGUACUUUAUGUAAUUCUCUUGUUUGCAUUAAAAGGAAAAAAUAAUAAUAAUGUCCUCAUUUAUACAAAUAGGUUUUUAGAAUCCAUUCAUAUUUAAAGAAAAUAAAUUGCACAGGACAUCGAUUAUCUGUAAAUGCAAUUGGUGUAAUAAGUAAACUUGAUAAGUGGCACAUAGAAUUUGAUUAUCCUUCUAUGCAGGUUGCAGCAAUAAUUAAACUUGAUAAGUUACACAUAGAAAUUGAUUAUCCGUAUGUGCAGGUUGCAGCAAUAAUUAAACUUGAUAUGUGAAACAUAGAAAGUGAUUAUCCUUAUAUGCAGGAUGCAGCAAUAAUUAAACUUGAUAACUGACACAUAGAAAUUGAUUAUCCUUAUAUGCAGGUUGUAGUAGUAAAUUAACUUGAUAAGUAGAACAUAGAAUUUAGUAGUCUUUAUUUGCAGGUUGUAGCAUUAUUUAGACAAAGUAUACUUAAGGUUUCUCCCGAGCGUCCUGUAAUAGUAGCAGAGAUUGUAGGGAUCAGUAACAAAUAGAAUGUUUGAAGUCUCUUUAGAUACAGGAGUCAUUGUAGGUAAUCGAUACUGAAGUAGCAGCAAAAUAAGGGAGCUCCUUGUGGGGUCAGAGGUUGGUUCAAAAUAACUCAGUGAUGUGAGUUUGGCCCGGCUUUCUCAUAAAGAAGGUGAGUGAAGUGUACUCAGAAUGGGAGGAGCUUACUUCCGAACGAGGAAGUAACUUCGGUGGAGCAGAGUCACGGAAAUUAUAUGACAGGUUCUUGUGGUCUGUUAAUAUAGUGAUAGGAAUGGGAGUUACCUCUAACAGAUGACACAAUUCUUUCAAGGCAUAGAUGAUAGCAUAGAUGAUAGCCAAUAAUUCCCUGUCCCCAAUGUCAUAUUCUCCUCUCUGUAUCCGUUAGUUUCUUAGAAUAGAACCUACAAGGAUGUAAGGGUUCUUCGGGGCUCUUUCUUUGGGACAGAACUGCUCCCACCCCUGUUUCAGAUGCAUCAACCUCUAACAAAUAAGAAAGUGGGAUCAGGAUGUACCAAUAUUGGUGCAGAUGAAAAUUACGUCUUCAAAAUUUCAAAGGGAUUUAAUGCCUCUUGAGACCAGAAUUUGGGAUUGGCUUCUUUUUUAGUCAUGUUAGUAAUUGGUGCGAUUAUGGACAAAAAGCCGUAAAUGAACCUCCUGUAAUAAUUAUAAAAUCCUAUCAAUCUUUCUAUGGCCCUUAAUCCAUUAGGUAGAGGCCAUUGUAGUAUCGAUUCUAGUUUAGUAGAAUCCAUGGCAAAUCCUCUCUCAGAAAUUAUGUAUCCUAAAAAAGCAAUUUGCUUUUGAUUAAAAAGGCAUUUUUCCAAUUAACAGUACAGUCCAUGCUUUAAUAGUCUGGUUAGUACUUUCUUAACAGGAGCGUGAUGAGUGUUUUUGUCUUUCGAAUAAAUCAAAAUGUCAUCAAGGUAGACAAUAGCACACUCAUGCAUAAACAGAAACGCAUAACGGCAUAUUCAUAAUGACCGUAACGGGUAUUAAAUGCUGUCUUCCAUUCAUCUCCCUUGCGUAUCCUGACUAAAAGCCCCUCUAAGAUCCAAUUUAGUGAAAAUAGUGGCACCUUUGAGUCUAUCGAAAAGCUUGGUUAUCAAGGGUAUAGGAUAUGCGUUUUUGACAGUAAUCCUAUUUAGACCUCAUUAAUCGAUGCAAGGCCUGUGAGAAGACGCCAGCGUCCAUAGGAGAGCAUUUUGAAUGCUUUCCUAUGGACUGGCUGAAUGCGCGCGCAGCUCUUGCCGCGCAUGUGCAUUCAGCCGAAGAGGAGGCAGAGAGCUCCCCGCCCGGCGCUGGAGAAAGAGGUAAGUUUAACCCCUUCCUCUCCAUCCAGCCCGGCGGGAGGGGGACCCUGAGGGUGAGGGCACCCUCAGGGCACUAUAGUGCCAGGAAAACUAGUAUGUUUUCCUGGCACUAUAGUGGUCCUUUAACCUUUCGUCUAUACGAGACAUGUAGGUUUAGGGUCCUCUAGAUUCGUAGGUAAUUCCCUGGUAGCAACCUCGUCCAGAAGGCUAUCAGACAAUCCAUUGAGGAACACAUCUACAUAAGCCUGGUUAUUCCACCCACCCUCUGCCGCUAGAGAUCUAAAUUCUAGCGCGUAAUCAACCAAGUAACAACUGCCUUAUAUAAGUCGCAGAAGGCUUCUUGCUGCAUCGAAUGUUCUUCUAAAGGCUUCGAGAAAGGCAGAAUAGUUAUAAACGAUAGGGUUAUUGUUUUCCCUCAAAGGAUUAGCCCAAGUGAAUGCCUUGUCUAUAAGUAGGGUGAUGAUAAACCCUAUUUUAGAUCUAUCUGUAGGAUAUGCUCUGGGUUGUAGUUUAAAAAGAAUGCUUACUUGGUUUAGAAAACCAAGCAAACUUCCUGUGCUACACCAUGAUGUAGCAGUGAAGUCACAUGCAUAGUAGCGCCAUAUGGGGUUAUUUCCAACCCAGUGUACAAAGGAGUGAGGAUUUUGCCUUUCCAUUGGCAAAGUUGAUGGACGUGUCAUCAAUGUUUGCAAGGUAGGCUCAAUCUGAUCCAUGCGAUGGUCUAUCUCCUCAAAUCUAUUAUCAUAAGUAACCCCUUGAGGGCUAUUACCUGCAGGGUCCAUGAGGCCCUGUUGUAAUGUCACGAUAACGUGUGACCCAAUACGCAGAGUAAAGAGAUAUGAUAAUAGAUUAGACAACGUUUACCAGUCCUUAGAAUGGCCGGGUUAUAGCUGUUAGAACAAGAAUGGUCAGGGACAACCCGAGUCAGGGAAGCGAAAAAAACAAUAGCCAUGUUAGGGAAGAUAGAAUGUAGAAUAAUCAGGAGAAAGCCAAGAUCAAAAUACCAGAAUAGACAUAGGAUAUAACGCACUCUUGGAAACUGAAAACAGAAACCACAACGGGGCAAUGAUGCAUUCCCUGAGUGCUCCUUUUAUACCCUUUGUCUUUAAAUUAUAGCCUUGCCCCCCAAAUAGUAAAAUUCAAAGUUUUGGCAGACUGUGACGUCGGCGCGCAUGUGCCGCAUCAUAAAAAUGAACAGAGCUAUAGCGGCUGGCAUCUGAACCGUUGGAGACAUAAGAGGGACUGUGGGAAGGGUCCCUCACCCCUUCCUGGACUCCCCCAGGCUGUGUCACAGCCUGGACAACAAAAGGUAAUGUGACAAUAAUACUCUGUAGUCCCCAACCAUGGCUCUGAAGAUCUCAUCUCUUAAUACCAGAGGCCUAAAUGCCCCUCGUAAACGUCGCAGCCUCAUGAGGAAACUCAAACGCCUGAACCCAGACAUUGCAUUCAUUCAGAAGACAACUCCCAAAAUCUACCCAGGUUUCCAUUUUCGAAGGUCACAGAAAGCGAAACAGGCUUGAUUGCAUGGUCCGAUCAUGCAGACGUCGCCAUAUACCUUAGUGGAUUACACACGUCCUCCCCGUGGACAUGGAAAUGAAACACCUCACUACUCAAAGACCCAACUGUGGGAGAAACCAUUCGUCACCAACUCUCCACAUAUUUCCAAGAGAACCUGGCACUUGAUAUCCCCAUAGCCACUGUCUGGGCCACACAUAAAGUGGUGAUAAGGAGCACCCUUAUUAAGAUAGCAACCCACAAAAUAAAGAAGAAAAUCCUAAAGCUCACUAAUCUCCUCGACUCAUUACGGGAAACAGAACAAAGGCACAAAACCACUCCGACCCCCCAAAAUUUAACACAGCUCCAGGCAAUGUGACACUCCAUCCACGAACUCUUAUAGAUGAUGCGGCCCGCUCUCUAUUGUGGUCCAAAAGGACCUACUAUCAGAAAUCCAACAAAAUGGACACAAUGCUUGCCCACACCUUGAGGCCGAGACCCAGACAUCCUCACAUUAUGUCCAAUCAUCCAACAUUACGUACGUCCCCAGACGAUGUAGCCCAAGUCUUCACGGCCUUCUAUAAGACCCUAAAUAACCACUUCCCGACCCACAAUACCUCAGAUGACACUCAACUCCCAAAGAUAAACAACUUUCUUUCUAAUAUUACACUUCCCAAGCUCUACACAAAAGCCAUAGAGGCGCGAUAGGCUACAAUUAACCCUAUCAGGUAUCAACAGAAAAUUUGAUACACAUGGUUGUACUUUGCAACAGAAAACAUAAUUCAGGUUAUUGUGGGAUGCUCUCAACCUAAAAACUGGAUGCUUCUUGUAAAGGAUAGCAAGAGAGAGGGGAUAUAAAGUACUAUGCUACUGAUCCUAAUAAAGAUAGCCCCUGAUAUGUCAUAAAAAAAAUUUAAGAGAAAAUAUAGGAAUACGGAAAAUUCCUAUUCCUCCAGACCUAGGCAAUUCUAACUAUAUUCAGAGGGAAAAACAUAGUAUGAAUCCAUAAGGAAAAUGUAAUUUUAUAUAUUCAAACAUACUUUGUAUGUAUAUGUAAAUAUAUUUUUAGUGUAAAAUUGCUGAAAUUGAGCCAAUAAAUAAAAUGUUGACUUGUAAAUUAAAAUGCACCUUUACAUAUUACAUAGUUACAUGUUCUUAUAAUAUAAUUUUAGAUAUUUGUUUAUGUAUGAUUGUAGUAAAUUUUGUUGUUUUUUUAAUUCUAGGAUUUGCUUUACUUGGAGGACACCCUUGUUUUCUUACAACUCAAGAUAUUCAUUUAGGCGUCAAUGAGAGUUUGAAAGAUACAGCAAGGUUGGAUAAAUUGUUGGCAAUUUUAAUUUAAAAUCAGUGCUUGUUUGUUGUUCAAUUACAUUUGCUAAUUCUUUGCUUUACAACACAGAAUGCUAAAAGUCUAGUAAAAAGUGUGUCUUCUGUUAUGUAGGAUUCUAAUUAAUAAAUAACAUUAAUAAUACUAAUAUUUGUCUAUCUACUUUUCAUAAAAACCCUUUUGAGAACUGUUUGAGUUAGAAAAAAGAGAGAGGGCUUAUAGUGAGAGUUAUAUUGGGGAAGAUGUAUAGCAUGGGGUUGACUUGACUAGCUUGUAAUUUGAGGGAAUUAAUUUAUCUUCAUAUAUUGCUUUUUUCUUACCAGGGUGCUAUCUGGGAUGACUGAUGCAGUUUUAGCACGCGUUUACAAACAAUCUGAUUUGGAUUUACUGGCCAAAGAAGCAACAAUCCCAAUAGUGAAUGGAUUAUCAGACUCCUAUCACCCUAUCCAGAUCCUAGCUGAUUACCUGACUCUACAGGUACUGGGCAGAGGUAUCUUGCAUUGUGGGGUAUUUUUUAAUUAUUGUUUUAAUCAUGUGCUUUUUUCACACAAAAACAAAUAUGAACGCUAACUUUGGCCAGUGUUUGUGACUAAGUGGCUACUAAAAAUGACUGGACAUACCCCACUUUCAAUACCUUGGGUUGUCUACUUUUGCAAAUGGUAUGCCAUCAUUGGGGUAAUUCUUAUUCCUGGGCUACCAUACGGUCUCAAAGGCAACAUAACCAAUCUGGCAAAUUUCAAUGUCAAAACAAUGAAAUGCAAGCCUUAUAUGUGACUCUCUAACUUUCCAAAACACAAUAAAACCUGUACAUGGGGGGUAUUGUUAUUCUUGGGAGACUUCACUAAACACAAAUAUUAGUGUUUUAAAACAGUAAAACAUAUUACAACAAUAAUAUAGUCCAUAAAAGUGCAGUUUGUUUGUAAAAAAAUGCAAUACAAUUUACCAGUUUGAAACACUAAUAUUUGAGUUCAGCGAAGUCUCCCGAGUAAAACAGUACCCCCAAUGUACAGGUCUUAUGGUGUCUUGGAGAGUUACAGGGUCAAAUAUAGUGCUUGCGAAUUAAAUUCUCUGUACUUUCUCCCUAUGUUGUCAGGCAUGUCAAUCAAAUUUUAAUUAAUCAAAUCACAUAAUUAUGUUAAAAAAUUACUUAAAUUUACACAUAGAAUUUUAAUAUAUAUACAUUUAUAGGUAUUUAAAUUUUACGUGUAUACUAAUGUAAUCUUUUAUGUAAUUAUAUGUAUAUAUAUAUAUAUAUAUAUAUAUAUAUAUAUAUAUAUAUAUAUAUAUUUGCGGUUAUUUGUAUUUUAUAUAUAGAUAGAUAUAUAUAGAAUGUCAUUCUAAGUGUAUUUUGUUCCAUAUAUAUAUAUAUAUAUAUAUAUAUAUAUAUAUAUAUAUAUAUAUUAAUAACAAAAUACAGUUAGAAUGAAAUUACAUAUGAAUAUAUAAUUUUAAUAAAAUUUUGUUUCAAUAUUUUAUUUAUUUAUUUUAUUAUUUUAUUUAUUUAUUAAUGUAAUUAUACGUAUAUAUACAAUAUAUGUGUAUAUAUCUAUUAUAUAUAUAUUAUAUACAUAUUAUAUAUAUGUAACGUCAUUCUAAGUGUAUUUUAAUACUAAUAUAUACUAAUAUUAGUAUUAAAAUACACAACGUAUGACGUUAUAUAUAUUAUAUAUAUAAAAAAAGAGGGGGUUGUGUAAUAUCUUGUGUAUUAUAUAUAUAUAUAUAUAUAUAAAUAUAUUUAAUUUAUUUUACACAUGCUUAUUUAUUUUUUUACUUUCCCACCAGCAGGGGGACUGUCUGACAUUUCAGACAGUCCACCUGCUGGCAGAUCCAUAGCCAGCUAUAGGGGGCCAUGUGAUCGCUCUUUGAGAGCGAUCACAUGGGCCCCGGGGGCCUCAUUCGCCGGGGAGGGCUGCCUGGGCGGUCAGGCAGCCCUCCAGAAGAAGAUCGCAGCGGAGGUAAGUAGCUGUGAUCCCCUGGGGCUCAAAGCCGUUACGGCGUUCUAUGCCGCCGCAACGGCUUUAAAGCCCUUUAAAGCCGCAACGGCAUAGAACGCCGUAACGGCGUUAAGGGGUUAAUGUGCUGCUGUGGAGUUCUAGUAAAGAGAGACUUAAGCAAAUAUGAAGCCUCCUGUCGAGUUAUAAAAUCUCCAAUUAAUGCAAGGGCUCAAAGCUAUCAGCACAGGGUUUAUAAGAAUCGGGUGUAAUUAGAGCUAAUUCACACAUUUAAACUAUUGGCAUAGAGUAAAUGUUUAUUAAAAUCUAUUCCUUAAUCAAUUUAGUAGUGUAAUCCACAGCUUAGUAUUUGUUCUUAUAUAGUUAAAAGUAAAACAAUAAAAAGAUGUUCCAGACCCCUAUUAGCAAUAGCUAACUUAAUGAAAACGUUAAAUGUAUAAUAGGUACAGAAGUCUGGGUUAAAGGUGACAUUUCAGCAGCUGAAAGCUACAUAAGAUCUAUUAUACAAAUGAUCUAACUAGAGAUAAAAUUUCAGAGACAAUGUACAAAUUCUAUAGAUUGAAAUCUCUAAUUAUCUAGCUAGAGAUUAAAUUUCCGCAACUAGAGUUUUAAAAAAAAUAAAAAGUGCUCAAAGUAACCUUGUUUCCCAGGGGUAUAUAGAGUCAGAGAUAAUAGGUAGGGAAGGCAGGGCUUAAAGGGAAAAAGAGAGAGAAGCGAAAACCUAAAUCUGCUAAUCUUAUGCUAUCUAAUGAAACAUUGCAUUUAGUUCCUGACGAAAGCGCCAGCAUGCGCCGAAACGUGCGACAAUCUACUUUAUGUUUUCACUUAUCCCAUUUGUUUUGGUGUAAUGGGGGGUUGAUUUGGGUUGCAUUAUUAUCUCAUGUAUGGGGACUGCCUUGAAGCAGUGAGUUAGGCAGCUAUAUGAGAUAUUGCUAACUCUAUUUGUUAUCUAUGUUUGGAUAUUAUUUAAAUGUUGAAACCAAUUUUAUCAUAUGGUCCAAUUCACAGGAACAUUUUGGGCAUCUGAAUGGACUGACUUUAUCGUGGAUUGGUGAUGGGAACAAUAUUCUACACUCAAUCAUGCUGAGUGCAGCCAAAUGUGGAAUGCACUUACGUGUUGCAACCCCAAAGGUAAAGAUUCAGAAAUUGUUAUAUUUUUUUGGCAUAGGGCAAACAACACAUAUUUUCUUUCUUAUAGUUUACAAACAACCAGAUUUAAUCUAGAAUCAUUACUCUGGAUAGAUAGAUAAAUAGAUAGAUAGAUAUUUUAUGUCCUCGGUUAAAGGUGAAAUCUGGUCACUCCUGCCUACCAUUUUUGUUCUGGAAGACAAAACACUGCAUAGCCGAGCCGAGCAUGCGACAGGUCGAGUAGAGACCGAACUCCUCACCCCCUGGCUACAAAAAGCAAUAAAAAGCGGCCUUACUACCUAUGGUUCAGAACAAGAAGCCUCAAGCCUUAAGUGGCUCCCCACGUCGCCACACGGGCACGCUUGGCGACUUUGUGUGCACAUGGCAGCCCUGGACGCCGGACAAAAUGGCACCCGGAUCCCCGAGCCUGGAGAGGUUGGGAGACUCCCUACCAGGUGGCGCCCAGGAAGACACCUUAGCCCGGAUCAGAUAGGAGCUGACCAUGAUCUCUACACAAAUGCUCACCAAAGCGGACUCGGGUGGUCUUCUGAGAGAGCUCCGGACGGCCAUCAGGGAGGAGAUCAUGGCCCUACACGCAGACCUGACGGCAGUGGAGGUGAGAGUGGAGGCCCUAGAAACUAAACAUCAGGCUGCAGAACUGGCCACAAUAAGACAAGGGAACCUACUACUCUCCCUCCAACAUCAGGUAGAGGAUCUGGAAAACCGGAGCCGAAGACAGAACAUCCUGAUAUGGGGUCUGCCAGAACCCGAUACAACUCCCCUGCCUGACACCCUAAGAGCCCUCUUCCAGCAGAUCCUUGGCCAGGAAUGCCCGGCUGAGAUACAAUUUGAACGGGUGCACAGGGCAAUGGGACCGCAGCGACCGGACGGCAGACCACGGGACGUCCUCUGCUGUUUGCAUGCCUACAUCGUAAAGGACUGAUUGAUGGCGACCGCCAGGAGUGCAGAGGGCAUCCGGUUCAGGGGAGCCGAGGUGGCUCUCUUCCAAGAUUUAUCGAGCCUCACCCUGGAUGCCAGGCACGCUCUCCAGCCCCUGACGACCACUCUACGAGAUAGGGGAAUCUCCUACCGGUGGAAUCUCUCCCUUCAGCCUCCAGAUAAAGCACGGAAACGCCUGGGUCCAUGUGCACUGGCCGGAUGACGUCCCACGAGCACUACGGACCCUCAGGCUACCGAACAUCCACAUCCGCAACUGGCUCCUAGACACCCCCUGGCUCCCCGACAGGACACGGGCGAUGGAAACCGACCACCCGCGACCCAGAGAGAAGAAGCACGGGAGCUUGAGCGGUCCGGCGGCUGCCGGGCCGUGAGGUACUGGGGUUGGUCCGGGAUACGGGGAUGUGCUCACUCAUAGAGGGUUGGUUUAGCUUAAAUGAAGCAACCCCACGGAUGGCUUAGGGAACUGGCCCUCCUGUCAUGAUAUGACUCAACGGUCGCUGGCCCCCCCAUCUCAUACCCUUCACCUAGGCGGCCCAGACCUCAACGGCCUCUAGCACCCAGGAUAGCUCAGGGCCUAGGAGACAUUGAGUAUGCCCGGGAGUUUGGGUGGGAUCUGGGCAGAAUGGACGCUUGGGGUGGGGGGGAUACCGAUGAGAAGAGAGACGUUUGCUAUUCAACACAUGGACUGCACUUGGCAGACACUGGGUGGGGGGUGGGGUGACCCGAUGGGGCACUGGGUUCAGUGGGGAGGGAACCUGCCCACAUGGGAACAGGGCAGCAGCGAGGCUGGCUUAAUGGGGGGGCCCAGUAUAUGGGAUAAAGAGGGAGAAGGGAGCCCCUCAGGAUGAAGCCACAAAGACCCACUGAUGGUAACCACCCGAGUGCUCCCCGGGAUCCUGGGACCCCUGUGAUGGAGAUUGACCCGUGUCCACAUAGACCCGACCUUACCCCAGUAGAGAAAGGCCCCAGAUGGGCACUACGGGCCAGGGGGGAGGGCGCUGACUACAUACAUAGAAGACAGGUAGCUCACAUCUGUAGACGCACCCGCUCUACUCACCGGUCUGCACUGCAGGCCGCGCACGCACCCAUAGACAGACUGUUACAAACACUAGGACAGUCCCGCUCGACUCACCCACCUAGACAGUCAAGUCUGACAUUGUAUAUAGUUUUACUGUUUUGUUCGAACACAACGGUCGCCCUGGACACUUAACAAAGACAGAACACCCAUACUGCACAGACCUUACGACCCCCGCGCACCUACCCCCCUACUUGCCAGCCCAACCGGAGCUGUACAACCCCGUCCCCCUUUCCCCCUUCCCUCCCCUGUGUCGCUGAGCCAGUGGUCAUGGCCCUCCCGGGUACCGGGUGUCUCUAGUCCAAAAACGUUCAAGGCGUGAAUGCCCCAGAACGGAGGUCAUACCUGCUGAGAUCCCUAUGGGCGGUCAGGGCCUCGGUAGCCCUCCUCCAGGAGACCCACUUCCAAGGGACGAAUGCCCCGGCACUCCGAGACCUGAGGUACCCAAAGGGGUACUUUGCAAACCACAGUGACUCCAAGAAAGCAGGGGUAGCCAUAGUCUUUGCACUCCAUGUACCCUUCAUUUGCUCAGAAGAAAAGGCAGACUCGUACGGCCGUUACCUAUUCCUCAAAGGCACGAUAGCAGACAGGCGCUAUACCUUCGCCACAAUCUAUGCCCCCAACGCCAUACAACACCGCUUCAUUUCUAAAACAUUACAGCUUCUGGAGGGCUUCCGGGAGGGACUCCUGAUCCUGGCAGGGGACCUCAACGUACCCAUGGACCCCCGAAUGGACACCUCAAGGGCACCAGAAAACGGAGACUGGGUUGAGCGGAUCCCCCAGGGGGCAUACGAGCAUAAAGAUCCCUCACCCCCAACAGGGGUCAGAGAGAUGCCCACAGUCGAAGGGCGACAUCAAACACACCUGAUACCUAUAGACCCCUGCCCCACCCAUACCACGACAACGAUAGAGACACAUAACUGCACACAAAAAUUUUCAGACCUCUAUCCCACCCUACCAGAGAACAAGUGCUAACCGGCUGCCACCAGACAAACUCGUGCUCAAAUGACCCGCCCCACCUGUAUAACUUCACCAAACCCACCGGUCGGACGCUCCCAGAGCCCCCAUUUGGGAUCCAAUAACAUACACCCCCCUUACCUACUGGGUUGUACAGCCCAACCUACCUCCCGAGUUUGUAAAAGUUUGUCAAAGUCCACCACAAGUUAUAGCCCCAGAGUAUAAACACCAAGAAACCUAGAAAAUAUAGAAUACCAAACAAAAAAUAGAAUUAAGAACAUGAGAGCCAGGGUGGAGAGAGGAGAUUGAGAGGGUAUACACCACUGGAAGACAGUCUGGAACUGGAACAAUCAAAUACUAUUGCUCGAAAGGGACCCAUGGACCCUACCGCUGCUCGAUAAACAUCAGCUUGUAACCAAAUGAGCAACCUAUGUCAGAGCAGAGAGGAGUACCCCUGCUGUCCCUACAAGAUAACACUGUCGCACACCCGACGCGUACAUUAUUGUUAUAUUGUUAUACUGUUAUAUGUCUAAUUGUUUCCUAUAGACAAAAACCUAAAUAAAGAAUGUCAAAAAACAAACAAAAAACCACUGCAUAGCAAGUCUGUAAUACACAAGUGUUAUGGACAAAAUACUUGAAUGGAUCAAAUGUCUAUUUUACUCUGUGCAUCUGUGCUCAUUCAGUGACUGUUUCCCCUUCAGCCCCUCCCCCUCCUUUAUUCAGUGACUGCUCACUUCCCCCCCUUCCCAUCGAGCAAAGCCCUUGUGUAACAAAAUGGAGAUUCACUGUGUUAAAUUGGCUUCCAGAGGAACUGCUUCCCUUUCUAACCUUUCCCCCUGCCUCCUUUGUUCAGUAAUGGCUUGUGACGGUAGUAAAAAAUAUCCCCGUCAAGUAUUCCCUUCUUCCCAUAAAAGAAAAGCACUCAAUAUUCCAUAAACAGAAAUAUGCCUGGAAUCGCCGAAUAAUCCACACAUGAGCCAAAGCUUAAUGCUGGAACAAGACUAAUUUACUGGCACACAGAACUCACAAUUUAUGCAACACAAAACUCCUCCUCUGGGCCAGGCUAGAUAAUUGAGUUUCUACAAUACACAAAGCUCAAUUAUCUGCUGGCCAGAAACAUUACAAUUUAUAACAAUUUCAGAAACAAACUUUUUAUAAGACAUACAAAUAUACUUUUGACAUCCCUGGGUAGCUGAGGAUACUGGUAGUCACAUAUCCAAAUCUCACGAAUUUCCGUUCGGUAGUUUCCAUGUCGCAUCGUGUGGAAGUUUGACCGGCUUGCCAUGUGGAGGUAUGCGAGUUACAGUUCCAUAGAAUCAGUAGCAAGAGCCGGUCUCCGUUCGCAUCUAACUACACGAAAACCACCGUUCGUAUGGUUCAGCUGGUUACCUGUGAAUGUUCCCCUCAUUCGGUAGAUACUAUCUACCAAACGCCAGUUUGAUUCGUGAAGGGGAACGUAUUCAUCCAGGACAUCCAUGGGGACCGGGCGUUCGCAUGGUUCCCGUACCGAAAACAGUUCCAUGCAAUUCAUACGUAAGCCCCGCUGACCGCAUUCGUGAAUUUUAAGAUGGCCGCCAUCCUUUGUUCUCGCCACGUGUUCAUAUGUCGAAUGGCGGCCACCUAGUAGCAAUUAAGUUGCAGUUUUCUCUGUGUUCUAAUUGCUACUUGCUACCCAGGGUAUGUGGUCCCCGUUCGGUACACGAAUACAUUAAUUCUCAACAGUUUGAACCGAACAAUAUAGACAUUAAAAAAGCAGGGAAAGGAUUAAACUGAAGCAUAUAGGCAAAUACAUAAAAGUCCUUCACACGGCUCUCUCUCAAGAACUUGCCACGUGUAAUAAAAUGGUGCAGGGAUACAAAGGAAUGUCAUGUGACGAUGCAUGGGUCACGCCCAGUGGGAUGGUAUCAGGAAAGACCCCUUAGACUGUUAACCAAUUGUUAAAUGUAUACUUUGUGUUAUCUAUGACUAUGCAUAUGACGUAUUUCUGGCUUAUAAGGGGCUCUCACCCCUCGGAAUAAACACAUUCCUCAAGUCUUUCAGCAACCUGCAACAUGUGUCCAGUGUGAAAUACUUUUAGGAAGCAUGCACGCAAUUAAAUAACAAAUUUGGACAGGAGCAGUAAUUUUCUUUUAAAUCACAAUAACAAAUAUUUUGCAGUGUCAACAUGUUCAAUAUGGGGUGUACAUCAAUUCCAAUUUUAGGCAUAUUGCUAUGCACAUUUUGCUUACUUAUGAAAGAUACCAAUUGACCCGGGAAUGUUUGACUUUUUAUGUUGUUUUUAAAUGGUCUUUGACAGUGACUUGAUAUAUUGCUUUUUGCAGGGCUAUGAAGCUGAUUCUUCAGUAACUGCAGCAGCUGAACAGUUUGCUAAAGAGGUAUGUUUUGUAACAUUAAUGCAAAAUGUGUAUUACAUGGUAUAUAACAUUCUAACUCCUGUAAUAUAAAGCAUACUGCUUUCCUCUUUGUUAUUAUGUUACUACAAGGAAUGCUGUAUCUAAAACAUUAUUAUUAAUUUAAACCAUGUUUCUUAAAACCUUAUUACAAUAUUAAAUUUGGGCAGACUAGAUGGGCCGAAUGGUUCUUAUCUGCCGUCACAUUCUAUGUUUCUAUGUUUCUAUGUUUAAAGAGACACUGUAGGCGUUAUAACCAUGACAUCUCAUUGAAUUCUAAUUAGUGCCUUGAAUCCACUAGCACUGUCCCUCUUUUAAGUUAACUAGAUAUGGACUAUCCCUUACUGAUAUUAUGGCUAAAGCAGAGUUUAGACAGUUUAAAUAGUUUUUGGCAUGGAUCUUAGCUACAGCCAGUCAAAACGUUAACCGUGUGACAUUUCUGCUACCAGAUUGGACGCUUGGGAAUGAAAUAUCCAGGGAUACCACAUGUGAUAAUUGUAUUAGCGCCUGCAUGCCAGGAAGUUAAUUGAAUUAAGUGGUGUGUGCAAUUCUCUCCCAGACAAAAAGGCGCAUAAGCAGGCUUACCUACGCUUAUGCUGGAGACCCCAUGUUGGGGGUUUGUUUAUAUAAGCCUGUGGUUUGUUCAAUAAAAUGUUCCCUAUUUUCAGCCUUCAUCAAGUCCUCAUAUUUUAAGCCCAAGGGGUCAUGUAGCCACUGGUCCCUGAUUGUAAACAAGGGUUUAGAAAGAAGUGAAGUAUGAUGUGAAAAAUGCCUCACUGGUAGGUAGACAGCAGAAUAGUCAUUAGUCCUAGUCCACGUCAGAAGAAGAAAAGUCAACACAGUGUAGCACAAAGCAGAAGUCAAUGCAGGAAGCAGACAGCUCUAUGUGUAAAAUAGGAGAAAGUUUCAGGUAAUAGGAGCUAUAAUAAUAUUUAUGUUCAAUAUUGUAAUAAGGUUUUAAUUGAGCAACAGGUACAAAAUCAUGAAUAAACAUGUCUCCAGUAUGUGAGAGCCCACCUUGAAAGCAGAGCUCGGGGAAAGGUAACAUGUAUGUGCAAUAGGUCCCAUCCAAUAAGCAAAUGUAACAUUAUUUCCUCAAAACAUUGAAUAUAUUUGUUAAUCUCCUCCUAUUUCCAUGCCAAGAUGUACAAUCUCCCCUGCCAGAGCUGUGCCUGUCCAUAAACUGACAGAGAUUACGAAUUUGCUGAAUUUGCAUUAGACACUGAGGUUCCUUAAAUAGUAGGUUUUAGUAAGUUGACCAAUUACUUUUUUUUUUUCCAAGUUGGCUCUCUUCUCUGAAAUAUGGAAUUAUUUAUUCAACCCAACACAACCGACGGUUUACAGAAUAACUGGCAUUAGCGUUUAUUAAUACUAUAGGAUUUUUGUUUUUACUCGUAGUAUGUACAGCUUAUACUUUAUUAGAAUAUCCACUCAGAAAUAUAAAAAAUACUCACUGACCCAUUUUUUUCCAUAUUUUCUUUUAUAGUUUGGCACCAAACUAUUUAUCACAAAUGAUCCCCUGGAAGCUGCAAGUGGAGCCAAUGUAUUGAUUACAGACACGUGGGUAAGCAUGGGACAAGAAGCAGAAAAGAAGAAACGCGUGAUGGAUUUCAAAGGUUACCAGAUCACAAUGAAGGUACUUGAUGAUUAUUAUUAUUAUUUUAUUAUUUAUAUAGCACCAGCAAAUUCCGUAGCGCUGUACAAUGGGUGGAGUAACAGACACGCAGUGGCGGCUGUAUACUUUAUGAGGCCUUAGGUGAAACUCAAACAAGAGGCCCCCCACUAACACGCAUAGUAAAAAAAAACAUAUAGGGGUUGCAUCGUGUGUAUAAUGAGCUGUAGUUAAUUAUAUUGUAUGACAGGCUUGCAGCGCUGGAUACAGAGAGCUAGUCUCUGUAUUCACUGUUGGGGUAAGUGUGGCACGGUUGAAGAGGAAAGUGUGACAGGGCGAGGGGAGGUGAGAGUGACAGGAUGAGGGAGGGUUAUGUGACAGGGUGAGUGUGGCAUGUCUAGGCAGGAUGAGUGACAGGAUAGGAGAAGUUAAUGUGAUAGGGUGAAGAGGGGAUAAGUUUGACAGGGUUAUGGGUUUUGUGUUACAUGGCUGGAGGAGGGAGUGUGACAGGGCGAGGGAAAGUGAGUCGGACAGGAUUAUGUGAAAGGGUGAGUGUGGCAUGGUUGGGCACAAGUGAAAGGGUUAAUGUGAAAAAGGAUGAGUGUGACAGGGUUGGGGGUGAGUGUGACAGUAUGAGAGAAGAUGAGUGUGAUAGGAUUAGGGGGAUUAAUAUGAUAGGGUGAGUGUAGAAGAGCGAGGGCUGGUAAUUGUGGUAUGGAUGGAGGGGGUGAGAGCGACAAGAUUAGGAGAGGUUAAUGUGAGCGAGGCUGGGUGAAGGGGGCAUGACAGCAUGUGGGGGGUGACAGUGUGGGGGGUGGCUGUAUGUGUGUGGAAUUGUGACGGUGGGUAGGUGAGAGUGUGGGAGGCAGUGUUGGAAAGGGUAGCAGUGUGUGCAGGAGCAGUGUGUGGGAGUGGUGACUGUAUGUAUUGGUGACUUAGUGUUGGGGCUGACAAUAUGAGGUGCAAGUGUGUGAAAGGGUAACAGGGUGAGGGAGGAAUGUUACAGUUUCGGGGGCAGGGUGUGAGUGGGUGCAUGGGCGUCCGCAGGAAUUUUUCCAGGGGGGGGCAUAAUUGUAAUGACAUCCAUGCUUGGUACCUUUUUGACAGUGUCAUGAAAGGGAAGGGGCAUAGCCAUUAUCACAUAAAGCCAGGGUGAAUAGCGUUUUCACAACUAUGGUGUCAGGAAUAUAUGUUUGUAUUCCUGACACUAUAGUGUUCCUUAAAGCAAAUUAAAGGACCAUUCUGGUCACCAUAACAACUUCACCUAAAUGAAAAUACAAUGAUGCCAGGAAGCCCCUGGGUGCUCGCUUUCCUUCAAGGGGUUAAAUCACUCUCAAAUGGUUUAACCCCAAAGGCUUCCUCCAGCUCCAGGUAACUCAGUGGUAUUUGGCUUCUGAAACAGUGUCAGGAAGUGCAGAUUGACAUCAGGCAUGGGUGCCGCUGAUUGGCUAGAGUGGACAGUUGACGCUCUAAGCCAAUCGCUACUUCCCGGUUCAUAAAAUAUUUUUACUUUUUUAUGAAUGGGGAGCUACUGAUGGGCUUAGAGUGCCAGCUGACCACUCUAGCCAAUCAGCAACACCCCUACCCAACGGCACUCUGUGCUUCCUGACACUCAGUAAAUAAAAGUGAACACAUUAAUACUGAUAUUUUUUUACCUUUGGAGAUGAGAAGGUCCAGCGUUUCCCUGCCUGGCCCAGGUACCAAAGCCUUAUGAUGUGGUGUCCAGAAUAAAGUGGAGGGUUCACUUCAUUUGUCCUUCCUGCUCCAAUCUCCUUUUCCUCUCCUUCAUUUGACAGUCUUUUUUUUUCUUCUGACACUGUUUUCUAUCCUUGGCCCCUUCUGCUCUUUUACCUUUCUGCUACUUUCUGCUUAUUUUGCGCCCUUCUGCUCCUUUCUCAUUCUGAUCCCUUUCUGCUCCUUGCAGACCCUUUCUACUCCCUUUUCUACUUUACCUUUGUGCUCCUUGCUGUCCCUUUCUGCUCCCUUUUCUACUUUACCUUUGUGCUCCUUGCUGUCCCUUUCUGCUCUACUUUACCUUUGUGCUCCUUCUGAUUCUUUCUGCUCCUUUACCUUUGUGCUCCUUGCUGUCCCUUUGUUCUCCUUGCUGCCCCUUUCUGCUCCUUGCUGCCCCUUCCUGCUCAUUCUCCUACUUUACCUUUGUGCUCCUUCUGCCCCUUCCAGCUCAUUUCUGACCCUUUCUGCUCCUUCUACUUUACCUUUGUGCUGCUUUACCUUCCAGCUCCUUGCUGACCCGUCCUGUUCAUUUCUGUUCCUUUGUGCUCCUUCUCCUACUUUACCUUUUGUGCUCCUUGCUGUCCCUUCCAGCUCCUUGCUGCCCCUUUCUGCUCCUUGAUGUCCCUUCCUGCUCAUUUCUGUUCCUUCUCCUUUUCUUACCUUACCUUCCUGCUCCUUGCUGACUCUUCAUGUAGGCUGUCUCCCCCAUUCCUCACUUCUAUAGGCGUGCGCACUGGGCACACCCUAAUCCCCGCGGCAUGCCAAUGGAUUGAGACCGACAGGGGAGAUCUCUGGAUCUCCCCGGUCGGCUCAUGCAGAGCCGACGCUAUCCGAGCGGCGGCUCCGGUCUAAGCCUCCACGGGCCGGUGGGAAGAUCAAAGUUCUACCUCACCGGUCCACAGCAGCAUGGAGGAAGGCAGCAGAGAACCCGGGCUAGAGUUCACUCUCCACUGAACCACCAGGGAAGGCAGCAGGAUUGGGAUAUUAACUAGACUGCCCCCACCUCCACCCAAACAUACAGCACACACACAUACAGCACACACAGCCCACAAACAGCACCCACACACACACAUACACACACAGCACCUACACACAUACAUCACCCUUGCACACACAGCACCCACACACACUAACAGCAUCCUCACAAACACACAAAACCCACACACAACACCCGCACAGCACCCACACACAAACAGCACACUCUCAUACAAACAGCACCCUGACAAACACACAACACCCGCACACAAACAGCACACUAACAGGACCCGAACAAACACGCACACACAAACACCCUCUCACACACACACACAGCACACUACCAGUUCCCUCACAAACAGCACCCUCACACACAGCACACUAACAGCACCAUCACACACACACACAGCAGUGUGUGUGUAUACAUAUAUAUAUAUAUAUAAAACAGAUAUAUAUAUAUAUAUAUAUAUAUAUAUACACACGCACACACAUACAUAUACACAUGGCGUGUGUUUGUGCUUUAGGGUGCACACACUAAUGCAAUAGGCUGCGCACGCCUAUGCUCACUUCCCUUAUCUAUAGGCUGCCCCCCCAUGCCUCACUCCCCUAAUCUAUAGGCUGCUGCCCCCCCAAAAUCUAUAGGCUGCUCCCCCCCCCAAAUCUAUAGGCUGCUGCCCCCCCAAAAUUUAUAGGCUGCUGCCCCCAAAAUCUAUAGGCUAUAGGGCUGCUGCCCCCCCCCAAAUAGGCUGCUGCCCCCAUCUAUAGGCUGCCCCCAAAAAUCUAUAGGCUGCCCCUUCCCCCAAAUCUAUAGCUGGCUGCUGCCCCCAAAAAUCUAUAGCUGCUGACCCCCAAAAUCUACAGGGUGCUGCCCCCCAAAAUCUACAGGCUGCUGCCCCCCCCAAAAAAAAUCUACAGGCUAUCUCAAACCCUCCCCCCACUGGGGUGGCAGUGUGGAGGAUGGUGACAGGGUGUGUUACAGUGUGGGAGGGCAAAGUGUGUGGGGCACAGUGUAGAGGGGGCAGUGUGUAUGACAGUGUAGAAGGCCAGGGUGUGUGACCAUGUGGGUGGCAGAGUAUGUGGGAGACAGUGUGGGGGAGCAGGGUAUGUGGCGGUCUCUGUGGGUGGCAGGGUACAUGGGGGGCAAGUUAUGUGGUGGUCAGUGUGGGGGGCAGGUUAUUUGGUGGUCAGGGUAUGUGGUGGUCAUUGUGGGGGUCAGGGUAUGUGCUGGUCAAUGUGGGGGACAGUGUCUGUGGUGGUCAGUGUGAUGGUUAGUGUGGGGGCAGUGUAUGUGGUGGUCAGGGUGGGGAACAGUGUCUGUGGUUUGUGUGGGGGCAGUGUAUGUGGUGGUCAGAGUGGGGGAAGGGUAUAUGGGGGCAGUGUAUGUGGUGGUCAGUGAGGGAGCAGGGCAUGUGGGGUCAGUGUGGGGGGCAGAGUAUGUGGUGGUCAGUGUGGUCAUCAGUGUGGGGGGCAGUGUAUGUGGUGGUCAUCAGUGUGGGGGCGGUGUACGUGGUGGUCAGGGUAUGGGGUGGUCAGUGUGUCUGGGGGGCAGGGCAGUGAGGGGGCAGGGCAUUUGGUGGUCCAUGUGGAGCAGUGUAUGUGGGGGGCAGGAUAUGUGGCUGGCAGAGCAAUGUGGGUGCAGUGUAUGUCGUGGGCAGGGCAGUGGGGGGCAAGGUAUGUGGGUGGCAAGGCAACGUGGUUGCAGUGUAUGUGGUGGGCACGGCAGUGUGGGGGGCAGGGUAUAGGACUGGCAGGGCAGUGUGGGAGCAGGGUAUGUGGGUGGCGGGACAGUGUAUGUUGGGGCAAGGUAUGGGUGGGGGGGCAGUGUUGGGGCAGUGGGGGUGGGAGGGCAGUGUGGGUGGGAGGGCAGUGUUGGGGACAGUGUGUGUGGAGGCUGUGACAAGCCUCCACACACUGAAAUAUCUUAUUUUGUAAUAUAAUUCCCUGGUGGUCCAGUGGUUGAAGUCCCUGGUGGUCCGGCGGGGUGACUGUUCCGUCUGCAGCUCCAUGAGAGCUGCAGACCUCGUUCUCGCGAGCGCCUCUCAGAGCGUUACCGUGGUAACCCGCGGCAACGCUCUGUGAGCUCGCGAGAACCACAUUAUGUGAUCUGCAGCUCUGCACUCGGCAGAACUGCAGAUCAGAGGAUGGCUCUCUCUGUGGGCAGACCAUGUGGAGGGGCCAACCGGCGGCAUACUGGGCAAGCCGCCGGGCCCCCUCUCACUGUCGGGUCUUCGGUCAUGGACCGAGGACCCGACAGUUCAGUGUGCCCUAAGGUGAUUUAGGUGGCCGCCAGGCCCCAAUAAGUGUGAGGCCUUAGGCGGCCGCCUAAAUCGCCUAAUUAGAGAGCUGCCUCUGCAGACACGAAAUUAUAACCAGACAAAUGGAUGCACAGGAACAGAAGGGUUGAGGGCCCUGGUCUGCUGGAGGGAGUGGGGUAAAGUGACACAAAGGGUAUAAGUAGGGGUAAUGAAAUGCUAGAAAAGUAAUCACUGAGAACUUAGUGGGUUAUUUUUGACAGCUGCAGGAGAGGAGUCAUUGGGGGGGGGGAUGAAAACCCGCUAACAGUUUAAAUGAUGUGCCUUCCUGAAGAAAUGUUUUCAAAGAUUUUUUGAAGGAGUGGAGACUGGGUGAAAGUCUAACUGAGAAGGGAAGGGAGUUACACAGAAAAGGUGCAGCCCUGGACAAGUCUUGGAGGCAAGCAGCAGAUGUGGGAGUACGUACAGAGGAUAGGCAUAGGUCUUCGGCAGAGCGCAGGAGCCUCGACAGGACCUAUUUGUAGGGACUUGUAAGCAAGCACCAGAAUCUUAACUUGAGCCCUAUAUCUAACUGGAAGCCAAUGUAGACUGACAGAGGGGGGAGGCGAGGGAGGUGCAGGCAGACAGGAAAAUGAGCCUCGCCGCCGCAUUCAUUAUAGAUUGCAGCAGUGCAAUCUGGGAAUACGUAGGACUACUGAGAAGGGGAUUGCUUUAGUCAAUGCAAGAAAGAACAACGGCAUGGACCAGCACCUUAGCCGCGUCUUGUGUUAAAGGGCGGAUGCAAGCUAUGUUUUUGAGAUGGAAGUGGCAGGAUUUGGCGAUAGACUGGACAUGAAGGGUGAAGGAGAGGUCGGAGUCAAAGAGAACACCUAGUUAGCGAGCCUGUGAGGUAGAGGUGAUGGUGGUGCCAUUGACUUGGAGGGAGACAGACACUGGUAGCGAGUAGUAACACUUGAGGGAGGAAAGACCAGAAGUUCUGUUUUGGACAGGUUGAGUUUAAAGAAGUGAGCAGCCAUCCAGUUGGAAAUCGCGAAGAGGCAAUCAGAGACACGAGUCAAGAUGGGGGUGGAGAGAACUCAGGGGAGGGCAGGUAGAUUUGUGUGUCAUCUGCAUAUAAAUGAUAAUGGAAGCCAAAGGAGCUGAUGAUUUUACCAAGGGAGGCAGUAUAGAUAGAGAACAGUAGGGGACCCAAGGACAGAACCUUGGGAAAAGCCAACAGAGAGGGAUUGGGAGAAAAGGCAGAGCCAGAGAAAGAAGCACUGAAAAAGUGCUGGGAGAGGUAGGAGGAGCACCAGGAGAGAGCAGUAUCCUCUAGAGUGAGAUUACGGAGAAUGCGAAGAAGCUGUUAAUGAUCAACAGUGUCAAAGGCAGCAGAAAGAUCAGGGAAAAUUAGGAUAGAGUAAUGGCAGCGAAAUUUAGCAGCGAUUAAAUUGUUGGAUACUUUGGUCACAGCUGUUUCAGCAGAGUGACGAGCGCGGAAUCCAGACUGAAGACGGUCAAGCAGAGAGUUGGAUUCAAGGAAGUCUGUUAAUCUCGCAUACAUAACUCUCUCAAUGAUCUUGGAGGCAAAUGGCAGUAGCAAUAUAGGGCAGAAGUUGGAUGGGGAGUUGGGGUCAAGGUUGGGCUUUUUCAGAAUCGGCUUUAUGGUUGCAUGCUUGAAGGGUGAAGGAAAUUUACUGGAGGAAAGGGAGAGAUUGAAAUUGUUUGUGAGAGGAAGAGCAAGAGAGGGAGACAGAGGGCAGAUGAGAUAUGAGGGAAUAGGAUCGAGGGAACAGGUGGUGGGGCGGGAUGGAUGUUGUUUCUAAAUAUAAUAAGCUAAUUAGCUAGGUAUCCUAUGUUAGCAGCCAGAACUAAGGCCAGUCUAGCAAAUUCUGCAGAUCAGCCCUAGACUUGACAGCCAAAAUCUAAGCAACAUACAUAACUCCUACAUUGAUUGGCUAAUUAAAUCAACAUCUUGGCUUGGGGGAAAAAAAUCUAGGCUUGGGAAAAAUAAAAUAAAAUUAAGGAGGCAAUGAUGGAGAUAAACGUAAGCAAAUUUAUUAUAUAUAUUAUUUGAGAAUUACCAUAAAAAUAUCAGUCUGGUCUCCAACAUAAGAUCCAAAUCCAUUCAGGCAGGUUUCCUCUACACAAGAGAAACUCCAGCUUCAGAGAAUCAUUUUUUGGCUUGUUUUUAAUCCUUAAUAUAAAGGGAUUAUCAUGCUUCUUAUUUGAUUUUUAUAUUCACUUUCAUCAAACAGGGCAGGCGAGGGAGUUACCACAUCAGCAGUACUAGAGAAUUUUAUGGAUCUUAUUAAUCAAUAGCUAAGGGGUAUCAUUUAUCAUGUUGGGUAGCAUUUACACAUUUACAGCUGACUGUCCUUAAGAAUAUAUAUUAAUCCUGUGUAGGUUUAUUAUUGCAAUUGCAUAUUUUCCUAUGAUCAUAACUUUUUCUUUAUAUAAUCAGUGUCUUGUUUUCCUUAAUUUCGUCAUUAAGACAGGGAAAGUUGCAUCACCCGACUGGGUAUUUCUCCAUUGCUUGCCAAGAAAGCCAGAAGAAGUUGAUGAUGAAGUUUUCUAUUCUCCAAAGUCCUUAGCUUUCCAAGAAGCAGAAAACAGAAAAUGGACUAUCAUGGUAUGAUAUGCGAAAAAGCUAAUAAUGUGAUACAAUAAUAUUAUAUAAAGCAGAAUCACAUGGUAAUCUUCAUACCAAUAGUGCAGGUCAAAUGUUUAUUGAACGUGCAUAAAAUAUUGGGGUUUAUCUCUAUAUUUAGUGGAUUCUUUCAAGUGUCAAUUGUUAAAAUCCACACUAAUAAGCAUUUUUAUUUAAAUAAGUAGUACCCUAGCAUUUGUUUGUAAUAUGGGAUGCAAAUGGUAGGUGGGCAGUUGGACAAAUUUGAAAGUAUAUGGAGAACAUGCACCUGCUAUCUAUGUACAAGGAUCAGAAGGCGCAUGCGGGAACCUACAUGACGCUGGUCUUCGGAGAGUUCCCCCGGCAUGGAUGGGGCAUGCUGUGGCAGGUGAAUCUUUAGUGAUGAUCUGGUGCCCCUCCCAAACUGAGCAUGUGCCCCUCUCUCUACACCUUAUACCCCUCUCUUCCCAUCUCCUGUUUCUCUCUACCGCAUUCUUACCCCUCACCCCCUCCUUUUCCCUGUUCUCUAUUUCUCUGCUUUCAAUACUCUGUCUUUACAUAAUUAUCUACAUCACUUUUCUGUUGCUCAUUGUAAAGUUUCCACUGCUGUAAAUACCAUAAGAAUAUAACUCAAUAUUCCUAGGUUGGGAAUAACGCAGUGGUCGGGCGUGGCAAGGGGGAUCUACCAUGGUUAGUAUAGCUCGGAAAGUGUGGACGCCUAGACGGCAGUUCAUUAGACACAGAGGUUGGAGACGGCUGGAACUACACAACAAGCACACGGGGAUCCAUAAACCUACGCUCUGAUGGAUAGGAGUAACUUGUUAGCCCUACCGCCAGCGCUAUGAGACCAGCCUCCAAACAUUUUAAAUACGCUCAACUAGAUCGAACCGUCAAUAACAGUUUAAUAUUAAGCAAACUCCCAUAUUCUAGUAUAUAAAUGAGACGACACAGAGGCCACAGGGGUUUGCCCGGUCACACCCGAUACCAAACUCAGUACGAAACCAGCAACAGUUUGUUUUAAUAACAUGUUGAUGUAAGAUAUAUGUCUGAUUGAAUUUCCUGAAACUAUGGUCCUAUAACCAUAUGUUUGAUGUUUACAAUGAGACGACUGUCAUUCAACUACUUGUAAAACUCUCUCUAUAAAUCUCUUAUGAAAAAACAAUAAAAAGUGAAUGACAAAAAAUAUAAAGGGAAAAAUGGGAUGCAUACCUAGCACAUAAACAAAUACAGGAACAUAUUGCUUUACUGCUGACUGAACAAAACAUAGGCUGCUCAGAUAAUAUAUCAAAUUAAGCCUAGAGCACAAGAUUGUCGGGUACCUAUUGAAGCUAAACUUACUUUUCUCGUGUAGGAAACACUCUGAAACGAUUCUGUACUCAUUAUGCCAUAAUCAUGGGUGUUUUCCUUAAACUCUCUGAAUGAGACCUGCAACCCUGUUCAUCUCCCUUACACUGGUGAGGGAAGUCACCAGUCCACACUCAUUCAGCUGUUUAUUUGGCUCUUCGUGAUCAAAGCUUACACUUUAUUUUCCAGCUUACAUGGCAUCCAAUCUGCUAUUCUAAAAUGGCUGCAGGCUCCAUCCUAGAACAUACAGACUGGGCACCAAUUGAGGCAUAUUUAGAACUUUCAAUGGUCAUUUGAUAUAUUGUGUUCUGCAUUUUGGAUGAAGCUGGAAAGUAGGCUAAGGGGCGUGCUCCAUAUCGAUCAUGCCUAGUAAUCCCAAAGGUUGUCAGUAUACCUCUGAAUAAAAUGCAGAAAACUUAGCCCUGUCUGCCUGAGGGCACAUCGUUUUGAGGAUCUGGGCAAAAUUCGAUGACUUUCUCUGAGUAGCUUCAGCCAAAAACUAUGCAACUCCAAAUGACAUCCAUCUACAACCAGGACAGAGCCAGACAUCCGAAGAUAUCAACUUGGAAACACAAUGUUAUUGCCUGCAAGUAUGCCUGUUGGCAGGUUAAUGACUCUUGGGCCUAGAGGCUAUGAGGAGACUAGGCCUCCACAACUAUUCCCUGUCUCAGUAUUCCCUGGCUAAUCCAUGGCAUAAUCACAUAAGGGUUAGUUCCACCCACUGUUUUGUACAAAAAAUAAUAAAGCUAUAAAUACCAGAUAGGUUCUCCAGUCUUUUUCCUGCCUACUGGCUGUCAACAGUUUCUCGUAUUUCAAGUUUUACUGUUUUCAGCCAGGGGAGUUCCACCUUUCUAUUCCUAGUCACCUAGAACAUGCAGCCCUGUUAAAGGAGGAUCCCUGGGUGUACCCAUCGUAGUGACCUAAUUAUUUCUUAAAAUAGAUGACAAUGGUACAUGGGUGCAUAAGGAAUCCUGUAGUUUAAAUAUAUUAGGCUUUCAGGUUAAAAAUCCCGAUUUGCCAGUAGAAUAAAAGCUUGCAGUUAACUUUUUAAAUUUAUCCUGGAUGCUAGGUUCAUUUUUUUUUUGUGAUGUCUCAGAUAAGAAUGUCAGUAGCAUAGAUCACAUAGAUUAUAGUUGUGUAGAUAAUUAUAGAUUUUAAAAUGGGUCACCUCUAGGAGGUUUAUUGGUGAGCAUUUAAGUAAGUCUUAUAUGCCCGGUGUUGGUGUUCUAGGAAAGAGUGCUGUUGAUGGAUAUACUUAUUAUAUGUAGUCUGCCUGCAUGCUACAGUCUAGUACAUGUCCAGAAGCCUGAUUGUAAGUCCAUGUUGGCUCUUUUUAUAACAAGACAUGUGACAUUGACAAUGAUCUUUCUUUCAUCAAGAAGUUGGCUAGUUCUUUGGGAUAUUACAUUCUCUCACUUAGCAGAGCUGUGCAUUCGUUAUUUACCUCUUUAUAUUUGCUCCAUUUUACUCUUUCUUUUGCUAUUUGAGUGUUCUAAAAAGGUCCACUUCCUUGGAGUUUGGCCAUUAUGGCUAUGAGCCUGUAUGCUAUACUUACUGCAUUUUCUCUAUAGUGUAUGCAUGUCUAAUUCUCUACUAGGUAGGAGUCCCGUCUAUAAUAGGACUGUAAUUUGUGAUCUAUAUCAGUUCUUCUGAUCAUACAUAGUUCUUACUAUAGUAAAUCAGAUUGCUCUGGUAUCCUUAUUUCCUCUACCUAAUGUGCUCUGAUUAUUUUACUUUGCUGUAUGGUUUUGUGAUAUCUAUAUAACACACACACAAAAAAAACCAGGAUAAAAUAUAAAUUUAAUAAAUAACCAAAUUGAAAUUAUGUAAAUUUACACAUUACUAUUUAUUUGUUCAUCUGUUACAUAAAUAUCAGGGGAUUAAAUCUAUCCUGUACCGUAUAUUGCAAUAUUUCACACAGGGUCUGAUGUAUUAGAAAAGCAGCAAAAAUACAUUUUUUCACAUAUAGCAAGUGUGGCAAAAUAGAUCAAUAAAAACUAUCCUGCUCUUUGGUAUUUAUUAGGAUAUUGAUGACAAUAUUAGCAACACAUCUUCCUAAAACUUCAAUAGAAGUAAUCACAUUUGAGAUUAAGCAUUUUAGCAUAAAUAGUUAAAUCAACUGUUUGUAAAAUUCAGGGAUUUGCAGAGUGUUAUAUCAGGCAAAUAGUGACAAAAGGAUCAGCGCUAAGAACGACCACAGUAGAUAUGAUAUAAUAUGAAAGGCAGCACACCUACAAACAAAAAGGGGUUGCCUCUUGAUACCCCACAAUAUGCAAUGGAAAGGAAGAGAGGAGAAGAAGGUUGCGCCUUAAAAAAAUGGAAUAUACCAAAGUAGAAAUGACAGAAUUAUUAUAUACAAUAAAACAAGUGAGGUCCAAAUGCAAUAGUAUAUAUAUGGUAGAUAAAAAGUCUUGAAGGGAACAGCCAGACUGGUUAAAAUCAAGGAUUCUUGGAGGUGGAGUGCUUGUAAUUGGAAAACAUAAAAGAGAGAACUCCAAUGGUACAAUAUAGUAUAGGGCAUAUUUACAAAAUGUAUAUAGAGUCAAUAUUACUCACAUUUACCAGAGCUAUAUCCAGCUCCGGUAUGUAUAGCAUGAAGUGGAAUGAUCCCCACUUCUGGGAUAUAUGUGGUAGAUAAAUUCUUCAGAUGUUAUAGCAAUGAUAAAGGUUCCAAACCGAGAAGAUAGGAAAUGGCAAAUAUAGUGCUCACUGUAGAAAUAAAACCAUAGGAUGGUAUAUACUAUAGGAGAUGUACUCACAUUUGUUUGAGUAGGCUUACUGCUCGAUGGAUAGGGCGCUGGUGGUAUUAUCCCCACCUAGGAUUCUUUAGUCCUCUUUGAGAUGGUAAAUCAGGAUGCCAAAUAGAAGCGAUAUUAAAAGAUUCCUUUAUUGGUAAUAAAAAAAAAGUAUUAGUAAUCAAUCAAUUCUGUAUUUUUUUUGUCUACUUGAAGAAGCCUUGCAUGGCAAAACGCAUUGUAGAUAUUUUUUAUUUAUUUAUCUGGGAUAGUUGUAGAAACAUGACUUCUCUGAGUUUCUGUGAGGAACUUUUCAAAGUCCAACUUGAAGUGAUGAAAGCGAUGCACAGCAGCACUUUAUAUACGGAGUGGCGGUGCUAUGUUUUGUGCCUGGGUGCCUCAACCACUGACUUGAUAUUUGCAAACUCCACAAAUAAUAGCUAGCACUCACUAGACUUUCUUGCAAAAAAUAACACAUUUAUUCCUUUAUCAUAUUUUGUCCCUCCUCUUGGGAUCUUUAUCAAGCUUGAUAAUGUACAUAUAAAAUAAGCCAUAGUAAGAGUGGCUGCUGCAGUUUUGUGAAUGAGAAAGCAAAAAGACAUGUUAUAAUUUUUUUACUGUAAUAUCCCUACAUUUGCCUUUAAUGUAUGUUCAAUGUGUGUUCUCCUCAGGGCGUGAUGGUUUCUGUGCUGACUGAUUAUUCUCCACAAAUCCCAAAGCCUUCGGUUUAAUUCCUGAUGCAUGUCAGCAAGCUACUGGUUACAAUGGACACAAUGUGGGACGUACAAAGCCUAUCUGAAAACAUCAAAAUAAAUGAUUUCUUUCUUUUCCCCUCAAGUACUGCUGAGUUUUCUUGGGGAAAAAUGCACCUUUUCAUUAUGCUGCAGCAAGUGUGUAAUUGUUUUAACAAAAUCUGCAAUGUGUUGUCAUGCACAGGGUUAUUCACUGAAAAGAAGUGAGAUUUAAAAGUGAAUUUUAAAUUUCAAAGCAAAAGUAGCCAAACUGAAAGCAGAGCUGACGUAGAGAUUUGUUUCCAGGUUAUUUUGACCUUGAGUUUGAAAUUCACUUAGAAUUAUCAUUUUAGUAAAAGACCCUGUCAGUGUCACUGCUUCCCUCCUUAAAUCAAGGAUGAACAAAGUUAUUUCAAUUUACAAAAAAAAAAAACACCUACUCUGCUCUCUCAUUAUCCAGUUAGUAGACAAAUCACAAUGUGGGCCGCAAUUCGGAUCUGCACAGCACCUAUGGUACCAUUAUGGCUGUUAAUAAUGUAAAUAACAUAUUCCUGUACACAGUGUAAUAGGAUAUAAAAAUUUAAAAAAAUUAACAUACUUGGCAGAAGAGGAUGACAGAUUGGAUGGAUUUUUGUGUUUUACAGUUCUUUAACAGCACGUCAUCAUCCAGCACAGAAACACAUUUCUCUGGUCUAUUCCUCUACAUCCUAUGACUUAAAGGACAAAAAUUGAGAACACAGUAUAGAGAUUCAUACCGUUCCACCAAGUGGCCAUGCAAAAGCAAGAAUAUAGGAAAAUUCAUAACCGGAAACAAG